GAGGGCGGGGCGUCUCCGAGCUCCGGUUCUCCGGGUGGGAGAGAGGCUCGAGCAGGAAGGACGCGGCCGGCCACGCCGCGGACCCCUCCGCCGCACCAGCCGUGAGUGCACCGAACCCCUUGCUCCUCCUCCUCCUCCCCCUCCCCCUUGCGCGCCCCCGAUCGCGUUCACACGUUCAGCUGCCUUGGAUGGCGAGCGUUCACGUGUCUGCUCAUCCACACGUUCAGCUGCCUUGGAUCGCGAGCGUUCACGUGUCUGCGCUAUUAAGGGGUAACGGUAGCAAUAAGCGUCUGGGAAAAGGGUCUCUGCCCCGCAGGAGUUUGCAAUCAAAGUUUGAUUUGUGGGUUUUUUUUGGGGGGGGGUUGAGUAUCAAGGCUAAGGGGCGACCUGACAGCAGCCACGUGCUUCAGCCACGUGGUCUCGUUUUGUCUUUACAAGGUUUUGUGUAUGUGUGUUUUUAUUAUAAAGGGAGGGGGAUAACUAGGUUGGAUCCUGCUAGCGCCUGCCGUUGUGAUUCCUCCUUUCUCUAGCUCUUCCCCGUGCUUCUUAAUGCAGCUUUAAGCCUCUGUAUUUAUGCUACUGUUAUUACUACUAUUUGAACUGAUUUUAUAAUGAACUGAUUUUAGAAUCUUGUAUUAUUUUACUGUUGUUAGCCGCUCUGAGCCCGACUUCGGCUGGGGAGGGCAGGAUAUAAAUAAAAAUUUAUUAUUAUUAUUAUAACCAGUUUUUUUCUCCGGGGGUACACGUACUCCUAAACAUUUUGUGAAUCUUUGUACUUAUGUCCAUUUACUGUAUUUAUUUCCCCUGAUUUGAACUAUAAAAUGGUGAUUUAAUGAGAGCACCCCUAAACCUUUUUUUAUAGGGAAAAAAAAAGCACUGACUAUUACUAUUAUUAAUUUGUUUAUUACCUGCUCUUUGCCCUAAGGUUCCAGGGCAGGUUGCAGUACAACUCUCUCCCUCUCACCUGCUGUUAGGCUUGCUUGUUUUCUUUUUAGACUAGAAAGCUAUGCUGGUCUCUGGCGCUGGUAGUUUCCCCCUGACAGAAACUCCCCAAAGCGUUCCUUCCUUUGUUAAAUGGAUGCUCUGCCUUUUCCACGAAGAUGCAUCCAAGGUACCUCGCCACGUGAUGUUAUUGUGGGGAGAUUGUGAGCUUUCGCAAGCGGGUCCUGCAAUAAACUGAGCAGUCUUCUGGGUACCACAGCACGCUUUGUGAUUCCACUAGACAUCUAAAGGCAGCCCUGUUUGUUUUUUGUUUAGUCGUGUCCGACUCUUCGUGACCCCCUGGACCAGAGCACGCCAGGCACUCCUGUCUUCCACUGCCUCCCGCAGUUUGGUCAGACUCAUGCUGGUAGCUUCGAGAACACUUUCCCACCAUCUCGUCCUCUGUCGUCCCCUUCUCCUUGUGCCCUCCAUCUUUCCCAACAUCAGGGUCUUUUCCAGGGAGUCUUCUCUUCUCCUGAGGUGGCCAAAGUCUUGGAGCCUCAGCUUCAGGAUCCAUCCUUCCAGUGAGCACUCAGGGCUGAUUUCCUUCAGAAUGGAGAGGUUUGAUCUUCUUGCAGGCCAUGGGACUCAAGAAUCUCCUCCAGCACUAGAAUUCAAAAGCAUCAAUUCUUUGGCGAUCAGCCUUCUUUAUGGUCCAGCUCUCACUUCCAUACAUCACCAUGGAAAACCAUGGCUUUAACUAUACGGACCUUUGUUGGCAAGGUGAUGUCUCUGCUUUUUAAGAUGCUGUCUAGGUUUGUCAUUGAUUUUCUCCCAAGAAGCAGGCGUCUUUUAAUUUCGUGACUGCUGUCACCAUCUGCAGUGAUCAUGGAGCCCAAGAAAGUAAAAUCUCUCACUGCCUCCAUUUCUUCCCCGUCUAUUUGCCAGGAGGUGAUGGGACCAGUGGCCAUGAUCCUCGUUUUUUUGAUGUUGAGCUUCAGACCAUAUUUUGCGCUCUCCUCUUUCACCCUCAUUAAAAGGUUCUUUAAUUCCUCCUCACUUUCUGCCAUCAAGGUUGUGUCAUCUGCAUAUCUGAGGUUGUUGAUGCAUUACUGUAUUUUAAUAUUUUGUUGGAAGCCGCCCAGAGUGGCUGGGGAAGCCCAGCCAGAUGGGCGGGCUAUAAAUAAUAAAUUAUUAUUAUAUUAUUAUUACUAGUGGUAGGGUAUAUCUAAGGUGUACACCUGCCCUCCUGAUCCAGCCAGCCUCCUGCCUCCUCAACCUUUCCCUCCCACCUGCAGUUUGCCACAUGGCCAAUAAAAGGGGGUGCACAGAGGGUGGGAUGGGAUGGGAUGGGGUCUCUUGUGCCCGCUUUCUGCUUCCAGCAUCCCUGUUUUCCCUCCUCUCCCCCUCUUCCUCAUAGCAGUACCAUGGUACCAGGUGCCCUCCAUUUUCUUCCAGUUCCUCUUGCCAGGCUUCUUGAGAAGGUGUUUUGCCCAAAAUCCGUAGAACCAGGUGCGAGGGGCAGAGUGGUUGCUUCUUGAUCAGGGGUGCAGAUCUGCAUUAUUAUUAUUAUUAUUAUUAUUAUUUUAUUAUUUAUAGCCCACCCAUCUGGCUGGGCUUCCCCAGCCACUCUACUAGCAGAUCUCUGGUUGAUUUUGCAACGGAAUUUCUGGCGCCCCGAUGGUUUAAGCACACCAGCAAAACGCCACCCCUCCUGCCCCAAAUUGUGCUUCUGAGAUGAAGGAAUCUCGGAACUGCUUUUUUUUUUUUGCGGAAAAUCCGUGGACACCAUCAGAUUCUGGUGCUCAUAGGAAGCUCUUUGACUCAAACUUGUUUUUAAUUCCGAGUCUGCUUCCCUUGCGUCAAGCUAUGCUUGAUGGAUCUUGGGGCUUUAGAAGAUCCUGCAAGCCCUGGUUUAGAUUGUGUUGUUUAAUACAGGGACCUCAGUGUGAGCUAGAGCUAGGCAAUAACUUUGGAAAGGGGGUUCUGGGGGGGUUGCACAAGAUGGAGGGGAGCACCUGUAUAUUCCUCUUCCUCUCUUUCACCCUAACCACCCAUCCUAUAGUCCAAACAUUUCCCUUUUCUGCAGCUGCUGCAUCUCUUAACAGCUUUCUGGGAGUUGUUCCAUGCAUCCUGCCUUGUGCUGCCCUGCCUUUUUCCUGAUAUAUUAUCAACUUUUUGCCGCCUCCUGCUUCAAGUAGGCAGGCGUACAGUGGGCGAUGAGUGGCUCCCUUGCCCACGAACCUGCUCCCCUUUGCCCCUUUCCCAGUGACACCGUGUUUGGUGCAAUACAGCCUUGGACACCACGGUGCCUUUCUGCCCAAACCCAUUUGCCUUGGCUCCUACCUCUGAGCAAAAUUCCUGCUGGUUUUGAUUCCUGCUCCUCUUUGAUCUCUCGCCUGCUCCUUGCUCCGGACUCCUGUCUUUGCCUUUGGGGAGAUAUUUGUAGGGGGGCCAGGUUGGCACAGAGAGGGUAGGAAAAGGCAGGAAAAGACCUAGUGGUGGUGAGGAUAGAGAGAGAGAAUGCUUCAUUUCUCUCUGCCCCAAAUGCAUUUUAUAGGCUGUGAUAUUCCUGUGAAAUUCUGGCUGAUUUGGGUGGGAGAAUCAAUCAAUUAACACCUUUGUUUUUAACAAGCAGUUCCUUUGUUUUGUUUUGGUACUGCAAUAUGGCACGAAGAGAAGACUGAUUUCACAUAACAGGUUUUAAUCGGCAAACGAAGUGGAAAAAAGCACCAGUUGAUUAAUUGGCAUGAUCAGAUCUUAGUGUAGUUGAACCUUAAGGCCAUACUUCUUGUAUUUAUAUGUUAUUUUGGUCCUUUUUUUAACUGUACGGGAAGUGAGAGGAAGAAAAAUAUUAAAGAUGAUCUUUGCUUUAUUGGCCUGGUUCACACAUAAUUCUAAGCCAUGGUUUGUUUAACGGCUAGCAUUUUAUUUAAAAAAGGACCAUUCUUUCUCCAAAGUAAUGACUAGUUGUUCAUCUGCUUUUCCGUCAUGCCUUUGUAGCUUUGUUUUGGACGGGGUUGCUGAACAAACCAUGGUUAAGGAAGGAUGUUGGACAGGCACAUAACUCAAAGCAGCUGUUUAAAGUAAAGAUUUGUCAGCCAAAAACAAACCAUAUCUUCAAAUGGUGGUUUGUGGGCAGUAAACAUACCAUAGUUAAGUUGUUAGGUAAAAUUCACACAUAAACCUAAGACACGCCUUUAGGAAAUCAUAGCUUAAUAAAGCAUGUUUUCGUGUCUUGGGUGAACCAGGCCAAUGAGAGGCAGUUUAACAACUAAUUCCGAAGAGGUUUUGUGUUAUACACAAAUGUGCUCAAAUAUAUUAACCUGCCUGUGUUGGCUGGGGCUUUUGUCCAAAAUACAUGAAGGGCACCAGCUUGGGGACGUCUGGAAGCCAAACAGUUUUUUAGUUGGCAGUCUAAAAAUCCUUUAAUCAGCCGACAGUUCUAGUUGACGAAGAUCCUGGGAGGCAGAAAAUGGAGGCAGAAGCGGAAGAUAUGAGUGGAAAAUGCAGAGAAGCUGGUUGGGGGGUCCGUUGUUAGGAGACGCCUCUGAGCUUCUGGGGCAGUGGGUCAGGCUCUCUGGGGUGGGUGGGAGGAAAGCUUAUGCCAGCGAGCUCUUUGAGGUGCUGCUACAAGGACUCGUGUUUCUACAGGCCAAGGCCUGCUUUACACAUUCUGCAUUUUCAUGCACAAAGUGGGAAAUGGAAAGAAACCAACGAUGGCUGUUUGGGCUUGGUGGCGUGUGUUGUUUGCAGCCGUGGGCUGCUUGCUUGCGUGUAACAUUGCUGCAUGCAAAUGUCUCCAUGUGCACCUUGUCUCAGAACAAAAAAGGUGCGUGAAUGCUGCCAAAAAGUGCCCAAGAGUAAAAUUCAACUUUGAGCCCACAAAAUGGUCUGAACAUAGAACAUAGAAUGGGGUGGUUGUUGUUUAGCCGUGUCCGACUCUUCGUGACCCCCUGGACCAGAGCACGCCAGGCACUCCUGUCUUCCACUGCCUCCUGCAGUUUGGUCAAACUCAUGCUGGUAGCUUCGAGAACACUGUCCCACCAUCUCGUCCUCUGUCGUCCCCUUCUCCUUGUGCCCUCCAUCUUUCCCAACAUCAGGGUCUUUUCCAGGGAGUCUUCUCUUCUCAUGAAUUGGCCAAAGUCUUGGAGUCUCAGCUUCAGAAUCUGUCCUUCCAGUGAGCACUCAGGGCUGAUUUCCUUCAGAAUGGAGAGGUUUGAUCUUCUUGCAGUCCAUGGGACUCUCAAGAGUCUCCUCCAGCACCAUAAUUGGGGUUAAAUUACCCAAAUAACACUGAUAGAUGAUUUCAUUUACCCAUAACAAUGCCUAGACAAAGAAUGGAUGCUUCCUCCCUAGACACCAAAUGCGUUUUGACCCCCCCCCCGGGGCAAGAUCAGCAAAACCCACACGUGCACCCUCAACCACUGUGAUCGGUAAGCUCUCGGUCGUUUAGUUUAGCAGCGCAUAAACUUUGGAACUCCCUGCCAAUUGAGAUCAAGAUGGUGACUUCACUGUACUCUUUUCGGUGCCUGCUAAAUAGCAUUCUUAUUUAGACAAGCCUGUCCUGACGCUUAGAAAGUUGAGGGAAUUUUAAUCUGUUUUAGUAUUGUUAACUUUUGUAUGUUUUAAAGCAGAGUUGCCAGUAUGUCUUGAUUUCAAUGUUUUAUACAGUGGAACCUCGGGUUUUCAAAUGUAAUCCAUUCUUAAAGUCCGUUCAGCUUCUGAAACGUUUGAAAACCGAGGAUCAAAGGGCUGUCAGCAAGUCCAAUGGGGGAAAUUGAGAAACGAGCCUCGGAAGCCGUUCAACUUCUGAGGCGCGUUUGAAAAUGGAAGCUUUCGCUUCUGAGUUUUUGGCGUUCGGCUUCUGAAACGUUGGGCAUCCGAGAUGUUCGAAAACCGAGGUUUGACUGUAUUUUGUAAACACCACUUGGAGGGUGUUUUGUUUUGUUUACAAUCAAGCGGCAUAUGAAUUUUAUUAAAUUAAAUAAAUAAACAUGCAAUCUUUCGCCCAAGGUGAGCCCGUUGCGUGAUCUCUAUAGACGACCAGGUGGGGUGACCUGACCCACAAUGAAUACAAUGCAGAGCAGUAUAUAGUGGUUUUUUGGGGUUUUUCUUUAGAGCAGUGUAUAGUUAAUUGCAGGGGUAAUUGCAGGACUUAGAUGAUCCUUGAUGCCCCUUCCAACUCUACAAUUCUCUGAUCCUCUAAAUUUUCUGACCCUCUAAUUCCCCUGCUUCUCCAGCUGUUCUAUCAACACUUCCUGAUACCUGCCUUAUUCUGUGUUUACCACCUGUUCCCACUUUUCCUCUCCAGACCCGAGCGACGUGGGGCAGUUCGUCUGUGAGGGUAGGACUCGUCCUUUCCCCUGUGUGUGAAAAAUAAUCUUAUCCACGUUUCCUGCAGAGCAUUCCCUCCACCGAGGGGAUGGGGUCACUCCUGUUUCUGCAUAGCUCUGUGCGUCCACCCCAGCUCUGUAACUAUAUCCAGAAGGUCAUGUAUACCAGACUUGGCUGCAGUCCAGAUCUGGUUAACUCCGUCUCUUUAUGUCGCCGAACAUCUUUUUCCUUCCCUGAUUGUGUUACAAAACUCCUGUUAGAUUUGGCCCACAGACAGGUGAUUGGUUUGAAGAGAGCUGAAAGUGGUUCGAAAGAGAGGAAGCUUUUCCCACGAUGUGUAGACACACUUGCAGUCAUAGAAUAGGAGAGUUGGGGUACCGAGGCUCAUCCAUUCCAACCCCUUGCAAUGCAUGAAUCUCAGCUGAAGCAUCCCUGAUGGUGGAGACGAAGGUGACACCUGGCUUGAGAGCAGUACAUGUGAAAAGGAUCUAGGAGUCUUGGUUGACCACAAACUUGACAUGAGCCAACAGUGUGGCGCGGCAGCUAAAAAAGCCAAUGCAAUUCUGGGCCUCAUCAAUAGGAGUAUAGCAUCUAGAUCAAGGGAAGUAAUAGUGCCACUGUAUUCUGCUCUGGUCAGACCUCACCUGGAGUACUGUGUCCAGUUCUGGGCACCACAGUUCAAGAAGGACACUGACAAACUGGAACGUGUCCAGAGGAGGGCAACCAAAAUGGUCAAAGGCCUGGAAACGAUGCCUUAUGAGGAACGGCUAAGGGAGCUGGGCAUGUUUAGCCUGGAGAAGAGGAGGUUAAGGGGUGAUAUGAUAGCCAUGUUCAAAUAUAUAAAAGGAUGUCACAUUGAGGAGGGAGAAAGGUUGUUUUCUGCUGCUCCAGAGAAGCGGACACGGAGCAAUGGAUCCAAACUACAAGAAAGAAGAUUCCACCUAAACAUUAGGAAGAACUUCCUGACAGUAAGAGCUGUUCGACAGUGGAAUUUGCUGCCAAGGAGUGUGGUGGAGUCUCCUUCUUUGGAGGUCUUUAAGCAGAGGCUUGACAACCAUAUGUCAGGAGUGCUCUGAUGGUGUUUCCUGCUUGGCAGGGGGUUGGACUCGAUGGCCCUUGUGGUCUCUUCCAACUCUAUGAUUCUAUGAUUCUAUUCUAUGAUCCCUGACAGACGGCCACCCAGCCUCUGCUUAAAAACCUUCAAAAAAGGAGGUUGAAUGGCUCUUGCCUUCAGGAAGUCCUUCCUGAUACUCAAUCAGAAUCUUUUUCCUGGUCGUUGGAAUCCACCUGUUUGCUCAAUCUUUCACGUGACAGCCUUUUAGAUAGUUGAAGAUGGCCCUCACAUCGCUUUGUCAUAUCUUCUCUUCUCCAGCUCCCUCAACCAUUCCUCAUCAGGCCUGAUAUAACCGGUAGAAUUCUACAGGAUGGGGUCUUUGUGUGGGAAAACAGUCAAGAUCCAAGGAUCCCCAAAGGGUGGAGAUGUCAGGCAUCAUCUUGGCACCCAGGCAUCAUCACUUGGUCGCAAAAUGCGCCUGGCUAAUUUCAAGCACUGCUUGCUGGUUGUGUUUGUGUGUGCAUACAGUCAUACCUCAUGUUACGUCCACUUCACGUUACGUUCUUUCAGGUUACGCCCCGCGGUGACCUGGAAGUACCGGAAAGGGUUACUUCCGGGUUUCGCCGCAAGCGCAGAAGCGCAAAAUGACGCCACGGGCAUGUGCAGAAGCAGCGAAUCGCAACCCACGCGUGCGCAGAUGCAUCACUGCGGGUUGUGUUCUUUUAAUGUUGCGAACGGGCCUCUGGAACAGAUCCCGUUCACAACCAGAGGUACCACUGUACAUAUAUAUGACAUACUGUUACAUGCAUAUUUUUGGACAUAAAGUUGGGGCCAGUUAGACAUGGUGGUUUCUCUCCCGCCUUUUCUCUCUCUCUCUCUCUCUCUCUGCUGGAAUAUCAUAGUUCUGGCAUCGCUAGGCGUGAUCUCUUGAGCACAUAGAGUGGCCUUCUUUCCCUCUACGCUAAGAGCCUGGCAAACAGCGACGGUCAGUUCCCCUUAUCCCUUGCAGAAGGAUAAAUCAGUUGUGUGCUGGGUAGGGGGACUUUAGUUUUAAAAUGGAAGAACUAUCUGAUGGUAAGGGCUGUUCGUCAGUGGAAGCAGCUCCCUCAUAAGAUUGUGGAGGUUUUUAAGCAGAGGUUGGAUGGCCACCUGCCAGGGAUCCUUUAGCUAUGACAUUGCAGAGGGUUGGGCUGGAUGACCCAACCCCUGGGGGGUUCCCUUCCAAGGGGCUGGAUGACCCCUGGGGUUCCCUUCCAACCCUAGGUAUCUAUAAGCUUUCUUCUGAGCUCUUUCGCCUGACUCCAGGGGUGUGGGAAUGGCUCACGUUAACCAGCACAGCCACCUUGGGUAGGGACAGAGGAUGCGGUGUGGGUGUGGGUGGGUGUGUUGCAUGAACCCUAAGGGGCCGUGGUGGUGUAGUGGUUAGAGUGUCUGGCUAGGACGUGGGAGAGCUGGGUUCGAAUCCCUACUUGGCUGUGAAGCCUUUAGUAAUCCUCACAGAACUCUAGCCCAAUGGUUGCCAUUAAUUUGAUUUUGAAUUGAUUUUAAAAUGAAUUGAUUUUAGAAUGAUGUUUUACUUUUAUUGUUGUUAGCUGCUCUGAGCCUGGCUUUGGCUGGGGAGGGCGGGAUAUAAAUAAAUUAUUAUUAUUAUUAUUAUUAUUAAGCUCACUGGGUGACCUUGGGCCAAGUUGCUGCCUGAGAAUGAAAUGUGAGAGGGGAGACCCCUGUACCCCACCUUGAGCUCCUAGGAGGAGGAGUUGGGAUAGAAAUGGAAUAAAAUAAACAAACACACUCCAGGUGCCCAGCUUCCUUUUUUAAGGGCAAGUCUCUAGCGUUUGUGAUACCUAAAACGUCCAGACCCUGGUUGGUUGAUUGGCAGCUGUCUGUCUCGAGAGACAAUGGAGUUUGCCUCCGGGGGUGAAGUCAAACCGCUGCAUUAGCAGCACCGAAGUGACCUUUCCAUGGUAUUUACAGAUAUACUGUAUCUCAACAGGGAGGCUCUGUGUUGUUGUGGCUAAUAACCAUUGAUAGAUUUCCUUGUCCAGGAAGCUAGCUUCUUCUGCCUCUUCUUCCUUUAAAUUUGCCAAAGCGGCUGGUGGGUCCCGGACACCGUCUGCCAUGGGCUUCUGCCAACACAGAAAAGGAAAGGGUGGGAUAGCUUGCUUCAGGGGGCACCCUAUGCAGGCGAGGGUGUGCCAGGGCGGGCGCGGUGCCAGCCUCUGCAGCCGAUGUGCCUGCUGCCAGCCGGUUGUUGCUGAUGUUGCCUUUGUCCUCUCCGCCUCCUGAAUCUUCGCCGGAGAUCUGGCUGGGAUGCCUUCGCCCAAGAGCUGAGCCAAACAUUGGCUUUAAUUUAUUUUAAAGGGAAACAAACCCCGUUUCCCUUCCUUGCCAGGCUCUCUCUGUUCGCCUCUGGAAUUUUUAUUCUCUGCCGGGGAACAGCCCAGAAUGCGCUGGCUGCAAAAGAGGGAAUCGCCUUCGGAGGCAAGAGCAAACGUAUUUGCAAGAGGAGCAAACGUAUUUGCAAGAGGAGCAAGGGGUCUGUGCACCGUCGGCGCUUUCUGGGUGUGAAAUUUCUGCCUAGCUCACACGAGAAAUCUGUGUUCUGGGAGUCAUAGAAUGGUAGAGUUGAAAGGGACGCCAAGGGUCAUCUAGCCCUACAAAAUUUACCGUAUUUUUCGCUCCAUAAGACGCAACUAGUUUUUAGAGGAGGAAAACAAGAGAAAAAAAUAUUCUGAAUGAAACAGUGGGUGUAUGAUUUUUGUGGUUCAUGCUGUGGCCACAGACAUGAUAUGUGAUUUGACGGUGAGUUUGGCGUAGCCCAAUGCAAAAAUCCUGAGGAUCCAUGUGGAUCAGUGCUUUGUAACCACGUUUUUGCACUAUUGCGGCCCCACGAAACAGUGGAUGCGUGAUUUUUUUGGUGCAGGCUGUAGCCAUGGACAUGCAAUGUGAUCUGAUGGUGAAUUUGGGGUGACCCAAUGCAAAAAUCCUGAGGAUCCAUGGGCUUUUACCUCCCCCCUCCCAAGCAGCCUCCUUUAUCGCUAGUGUCCCUUAUCUCCCUCCUGAUCGCUUGCCGAUCAGCUGCUCAGCAGCUUCGUUUCAACACCCCUUUCCUUCUUUCUUUUUUAAAAAAAACCCACGAUCUGCUUUUCGCCCCUGGGCAAUUCGGCUCCAGGGACUACGCAUAAGACGCACAGACAUUUCCCCUUACUUUUUAGGAGGAAAAAAGUGUGUCUUAUGGAGCAAAAAAUAUGCUAGUCACAUAGAAAGUGGACAUGAUAGUGUUUGUAAUUGACUCCUUGGGAAGUCCGCCUCCGAAUCGAGCCAGGGAGUCUAUAUCCAUCAGGCCUGCUGGAAUCAGUUGUGACUCCUGCAUGGCUUCCAACACCGCAGUUCUAUGACCAGUGUCUCACCCUUCAGUUUCAUACAGUCAUAGAAUUGUUGGAAGGGACCACAAGGAUCGUCUCACCCAACCCCCUUAGGACCCCUUUGCCCGGCAUGGUUCUCAAAUCCACAACCCUGAGAUUAAGGGUCUUAGGCUCUACCAACUGAGCUGUCAAGGUUUGAUGGUUAAUAGCUAAAAUUCCUUCUCCUUGUCCUUCUUCCCAGUCUCCAGCGUCAAAAACAGCAGCCUGUGUGCAAGGGGAGGACAUUAAAACUAGAUUAUUUUUAUAGAAAACCUUUUUCCCCCCAGGUGACCUUGUUGAAGAGCUGGAAACAGAAUAACCUCCUUUCUCUUUCUGUGCCAAAUAAAUGGAGCAGGUCCUUUUCAUUUUAGGGUUUGCUCCGUCCGCAGAGCUUGGCGCUUGCCUCACCUCUAUCUUGGCUGAGUUCCUUUAUUCUGCCAGAGGCAUGCGAGGGUGUGGACUUCCAUCAUCAUCAUCAAACCUUUAUUGGCAUCCCUUGCAGAAUAAAUAGGCCAAUGCGAUCUCGUCACCAUUUCAACAGUACAGUCAUUUGCCAAAGGGAAGAAAAGGCGAGCGAUCUAUUUCACCUCUGUGGGUCUCCAGCAAGGGCAGGGUCCUGUAGCGUACUUGGGCAGAAGAAAAUCAAAUAGAGGAACUUGGCUACUGCCUUGGUGAGCUCCUGGUCUCUCCCCUGUAAUAAGCAUAUAACCUCUGUCUCUGGUUUCCAUGUUGGGAUACAUAGGUGGUCUAAGAAUUGUUGGUGGAGAUCAUAAUAUAUUUUGCAUUUAUUUAUUUUUUAAAAUACAUUUUUAUUGAUUUUUUAAAAAAUAUAUCAGUUCCAACAGUCAUACAAUACAUCUUCUCAUCUUAUACAAUAUUUUAGACUUCCGUCAACACCUCUGAUUUUCCGUUCUUUAUCACUUAUUCUGCAUUUCUUAAUUUCUAUAUUACAUUUAAUUGUCCUUAACUAUAAUUCUCUUCAUAGUCUUACGUGCAGUAUUUAAAAUAAUCCACCUUACAGAACUUCUUGCAGUCCAACUAGCGUAACCUGUUAAUCACAAUUACUUUCCAAAUAGUUCAUAUAUUUACUCCAGUCUUCUAAGAAUCUCUGAUCCUGCAGGUUUCAAAUCCUUCCUGUUAAUUUGUCUAAUUCUGCAUAGUCCAUCAACUUCAUUCUCCAUUUGUUGGUAAUUCUUCUUGUUUCCAAACAUAUUUUACAUUUAAGGGCCAUGUGAGCCAGAGUUUUCACCAGGUGAGCAACACAUGGGCAGAUCCUAUCUCCUUCUGCCAUACCCGCAAACCUACCCCAAAGGAGGAUAGAAGGAUUACAAUUGAACCUUGUUGUUUAGUCGUGUCUGCCUCUUCGUGACUCCAUGGACCAGAGCAUGCCAGGCCCUCCUGUCUUCCACUGCUUCCCGCAGUUUGGUCAAACUCAUGCUGGUAGCUUCGAGAACACUGUCCAACCAUCUCGUCCUCUGUCGUCCCCUUAUCAAGGUUCAUGGUUCUUACAUUCCAGGUUCCUAUGCAAUAUUUGUCUGUACAGCAUUGGACUUUCCUUUCGCUUCCAGGCAUAUCUGCAACUGAGCGUCCUUUCGCCUUUGGCCCAGCCACUUCAUCAGCUCUGAAUCUACUUGUACUUGUCCUCCGCUCUACUUGUACUUGUCCUCCGCUCUUCCUCAGUAGCAUGUUGGACACCUUCCGACCUGAGGGGCUCAUCUUCCAGCGUCAUAACUUUUAUAUGCCUGUUGUCUUUCUCCAAGGAGUUUUCUUGGCAGGGAUACUGGAGUGGCUUGCCGGUUCCUGCUCCAGGUGGAUCACGUUUGGUCAAAACUCUCCACUAUGACCUGUCCAUCUUGGGUGGCCCUGCACGGCAUAGCUCAUAGCUUCUCUGAGUUAUUCAAGCCCCUUCGCCACGGCAAGGCAGUGAUCCAUGAAGGAGACAAUUGAACCUAGCCAGCCAAAAAGCCCUUCUUUCUUGUGGGUUGAACAAAAAUGGUAAAUAAUUAAGGUUAAAUUUCUGCGCCCAGGAGACUCAAAAAUAAAGAGGGGAACAUGUUUUCCCCCACAGCUGAGAUGAGUUCCUGGCAGUCUAUGUCCCACAGCCUAUUUUAACAUGGCCUUGGCGAUUGGAAAAGCCACAGCACCCAGGAGAUCCUCUGAAAGCCCAAGUUGCCGUGACUUUGUGCAAAACAGUUGUAGCCUCGGGGAAGGGAAAGGGUCUGACAGUGAGACAGUGGACUUUCGGUGAGAUGUUUUUGAUUCCUGGAGCCCUUGCCUCCUGUUUGUGCAAGGAAAAGCAUUCCUCAUGUGCGAAGUUGCCUUUUUUUGCAUCCUGAUGGAUGGAAGUGAGACGAUGCUGUUGCCGCGGCAACGGAAGCGAUGACAUGCCUGGAAACCUUCUUCGAACUUUGAAGGUUUGAUGAGGGCGGCAGCUGCGCCUUUUCUCAAUUCAAAACUUUUGCAAGCUCCUUGAGGCAGGGACCUUUCUCUUCAGGAAUGGCGUUCCGUGUUUGCAUCGAUGGUGGUGCAUGGCUUAAUAAAAAAAACAGUCCAUACAUGCCGUGAUCUGGGGGGCGGGGGGGGGCGGUCCCAGGAAAAGCUUCCCUCUGCAGAGUCGGGUGUUAACAUAUAUCUGACUUUCUAAACUGGAUGUCCUGCUAUAAAAUAGGUAUAAUGUGCAGCCAAGUGGGGCAGAACUCUACCCUUCUCCCCGCUCAGUUAUUUAAGCUUUCCCACAGGAAAUUUUCCAUUUCGUAAGGUAAACAACAAAAGGGUGCAAUUGCAAAUAAAGAUUAAUCAAGAUAUUAUUAGGCGAGUUUCCAAGUUUUUCCCUUGGCUUACUAAAUGCAAGUAAGUAAACAUGCUAACUUAGAUCAUUCUUGAGAAUAGGGGGGUGGGAUCUGUGGCCCUGCAGAUAUUGUUGCUGUUGUUUUGUUGUUUAGUCGUGUCCGACUCUUCGUGACCCCCUGAACCAGAGCAUGCCAGGCACUCCUGUCUUCCACUGCCUCCCUCAGUUUGGUCAAACUCAUGCUGGUAGCUUCGAGAACACUGUCCAACCAUCUCGUCCUCUGUCAUCCCCUUCUCCUUGGGCCAUCCAUCUUUCCCAACAUCAGGGUCUUUUCCGGGGGUCUUCUCUUCUCAUGAGGUGGCCAAAGUCUUGGAGCCUCAGCUUCAGGAUCUGUCCUUCCAGUGAGCACUCAGGGCUGAGUUUCUUCAGAAUGGAGAGGUUUGAUCUUCUUACAGUCCAUGGGACUCUCAACUGGACUCCAACUCUCAUCAUCCGCAGGACCUAUGGUCAGUGAUUGGGGUGACAGGAAUUCGGAGUCCAACAACACCUGAAGGAGAUUGUGAGCCGCUUUGAGACUCCUCAGGGUAGAGAUAAAGCGGGAUAUCAAAUCCAAACCCUUCUUCUUCUUCUUCUUCUUCUUCUUCUUCUUCUUCUUCAAAAACUGAAGCAAUUAUUUCCAGGUUUUCGGUGUUCGAAAGCCGAAACGUUCGACUUCUGAGACGUUCAAGAACCGAGGUUCCACUAUAUGUGGGCUGUCCCUGUUCCAAGUGAUUUUUCUUCUUUAAGUUCUCAAAGCUCUUAACCUGGCUGAAGGCUGCCCUCUGAUCUAGCCAGAUGUUUAACUGAGAAUCAAUCACAGUCAGUACAUCAUUUGAAAGAUAAGACAUUGGAGGUGUCUGGCCCCAUAAUGGCAACUAGACUGUUUUGGCGACUGUAACCUUGGUUUAAGGAGCGAUUUCUCUCCCAGCUUAUAUAUUGAUGAGUUUCUAACCCUGCUCUCUCCCUGCUCCGUUCAGCCGCAUGGCUUCAAAAUCCCCAUACAUUUUGCAUGACGUCAUGCGCAGUGCCAAGGCAAGCAUGCAACCUGCACCCUUUGCUGCCUUUUGGAAGACGGCUGGCUCUUGUCUGGCUGCUUCCAGGCCCUGCCACCCUGGUUUCCCUGCCUACCUGGGAAAUAGAAGAUUUGGUGGGGCAGGUGGGGGGCUGCCUUUUCUGCUUAUGUUUCCAAAGUACAGUAAUGCACAACAUUCCCUGCACCCCAACACGACGGGGACAAGAUUAUCGUGCUUGGCUUGGUGCCAGCUGCAUGAGACAGGGCAGGAUUCGGUCUGCCGCUGACUGUUGGAAGGCAGCGAUUAAAUUCUCCCACACUGUCUCUGCAAGACAAAUUAGUACCCUAAAUACACUCGGCUGUGUGUGUGUGUGUGUGUGUGUGUGUGUGUGUGUGUAGAGCAGGCUUUCAUGGUUCUGCUGCCGAUGACGGAAAUCUAGCAGCUUGAUCCUGUUAGGGUUUGCUCUGAAUGCUAAGCAGCGGGCAAAAUGGAUUUUUCAAAAUCUCCUUUUGAAAAGGAUAACUUUCCGAUAUGGAAGGAAGCUGGGAACUUGUACCCUCUAAAUCUGUAAGCUCUUUUCAAAGACAGAAGGCACUGGAAUCUUUAAUACUUUCUUUGUGUUGGCUACAGGAAUUGGUAUAAAGGGGAAUGAAUUAUUGGGUUUUAAAUUCUAUUUCCACCCCAAAGACAUGGAGCUCUUUGCCAGAAGUUUCAUUGGGCUUAUUUGGCUGGCGUGAUUUUUUUUGGGUACAGCUGAAGGGGCUGCUCCUUGCACUUAACAUUUCUCUGUUUAUCUUUUAAAGUUUGUGCCAGGGUAACAUUUUUCCACGUUGGUAAAACUCACGGACCUCCAACAAAGCUCAGCGCUGGAAGAUUUCAUGGCAGGCAAGACAAAAUACUACCUCACGCAGCGUGCAGUUAAACUGUGGAACUCCCUGCCACAGGAGGCAGUUCUAGCCAAGACCCUAGGUGGUUUUGAAAGAGGAUUGGGCAAAUUAAUGGAGAAUUAGGCCUCUGAAUGCCCUCCGCUGGCAAUUGCUCGUGGGGAGAAUACAGUAAUCUUGAAUUGAGGUCCUGCUCUUGAGUUUCCCGCGGGGAUGUGAUUGGCCAUUGAGAGAACAGGAUGCUAGACUAUCCCCCCAGUGACUCAGUGGGUCAGUUUGCAUGGCUGUUCACCAGAAGGUUGGUGGUUCAAGUCCACCCAGGGACAGGAAUUCUGCAUUGCAGGGGGUUGGACUAGAUGACCCGUGGGACCCCUUCCAGCUCUACAAUUCUGAGAUUCUCUGACCUACAGCUGGGUGGUCAACAAUGUCUAGGCAACACGAUGACCAUGUACAUACGCAAUAGACAAUCUUUAUAGAAUUCCUUCAAACCAUAACAAGUACAAAAUGAGAUCUUUAGUCUCAAAGUCUCUGAAAAUCUGUAAAUGAAGCGAGGUACCAGACUUUGUACAAUGAAAGACAAGCUGUGAAGCUUUGUGUAUUCAGCAAAUAUGAUGUCCAACACUGAACAGUGAUUCCAGAUAUUGACUACUGUUUCGUAGAAUUCUUUGUCAGUGUAGUGGGAGGAUAUAGAAUUGCUUCAUAAACCCAUCUUAUUUUAAAUGAAUGUAUGUAAAUGAAAAUAUCAAAUGCUGUGAACAGUGCUCAUGUCAGACGCUGAUGAAGAAUUCUAUGAAACAGUAGUCUGGAAUCACUGUUCAGUGUUGGACAUCAUAUUUGCUGAAUACCAGCAAAUUCAGGCCAGUUUCCAAAGCAAAUUAUUCUAAUUCUGCAGAGGGAAAUUUUCUAGCCAACACUCCCAAUGCAAAAAUCCCGGAAAGGUUAUUGCUCAGAAGCUUGCCCCAGUGAGUAGGAUGCAAUUGCUUUCAAAAAAAGUAUAGAGUUGGAUUUUAAUUUUUAGUAUAACAGAGCAGUUUAGUUACUGUUUGGAAAAUAAUUCCUUUCUGCUAUAUUUAAUGCCAACAGCACACACAGGGUGGAAGCUGGCCAAUUUGUUCUUGGUUUUUCUAGGGAGAUAAACACCAAUUUGUCUAGUUGUCCUGAAAGUACAUAGAAAACUGGACAGGUGGGGAUGGGAUGCACUUUUAACCUUCUUAAACUGUGAUGCCCAGAAGUGGACACAGGACUCCAGCUGGGCUUUAACCAGUUCAGAAUAGAGAAGGACCAUAACAAAACCCAAUGUUCAGUUAUGAUAUUUGGUUACCAUAAGGACAAAAGAGGGAGCUUGCAGGAUCAGGCCAAUGGCCCUUUCAGUCCAGCAUCCUGUUCUCACAGUGGCCAACCACAUGCCCCGGUGAAAAACCCGCAAGCAGGAUUCGAACACAAGAGCCCUCUCCUCCUCCAUGAAUUUGCCUAAUCCUCUUUUAAAGCCACCCGGAUUACUAGCCAUUGCGGCAUCCUGUGGGAGGGAGUUCCACAGUUUAACCAGUCGCUGCGUGAAAGAAGAGCUUCCUUUUCUGUGUCCCGAAUCUUCCAAUGCAUCUGAAGGACCAGGUGCGCAGCCUGGGAGUCAUUUUGGACUCCCAGCUGUCCAUGGAGGCGCAGGUCAAUUCUGUGUCCAGGGCAGCUGUCUCCCAGCUCCAUCUGGUACACAGGAUGAGACCCUACCUGGCCACAGUCUCUCCAGAGUGGUGAAGGCUCUGGUUAUCUCCCGCUUGGACUACUGCCAUGCGCUCUCCGUGGGGCGACCUUUGAAGGUGACCCGGAAACUACAACUAAUCCAGAAUGUGGCAGCCAGACUGGUGACUGGGAGCGGCCGCCGAGACCCAUAUAACACCGGUCCUGAGAGAUCUGCAUUGGCUCCCAGUACAUUUCCGAGCACAAUUCAAAGUGUUGGUGCUGACAUUUGAAGCCCUAAACGGCUUCGACCCAGUAGACCUGAAGGAGCGUUUCCACCCCCAUCGUUCUGCCCGGACACUGAGGUCCAGCGCCGAGGGCCUUCUGGUGGUUCCCUCCCUGUGAGAAGUGAGAUUACAGGGAACCAGGCAGAGGGCCUUCUUGGUGGUGGCGCUCGCCCUGUUGAACGCCCUCCCAGAUGUCAAAGAGAACAACAACUAUCUGACUUUUAGAAGACAUCUGAAGUCAGCCCUCUUUAGGGAAGCUUUUAAUGUUUGAUGCAUUACUAUAUUUUAAUAUUCUGCUGGAAGCCGCCCAGUGGCUGGGGAAACCCAGCCAGAUGGGCGGGGUAUAAAUAAUAAAUUAUUACUAUUAUGCAACAUGUAAUUUUAUAAGCGGCUGUCAUGUCACCUCCUAUGGCCUCUUCUCUAAGCUCAAAAAUCCCAAACACUGCGACAUUUCUUUGCAGGGUAGCUGCUCCAUCAUCCACGCAGUUCUUGAGAUUUUACACGCACCACGUAGACCCAGUUCUGUUAUCUGUCUCGGUGGCUUCCGGGGCUGAGUCAGGAUUUGUGGCGCUGCGGCAGCUGCAGCCAUUGCGUUCCCUGCGAAGCAAGCACAGACCAAACAGAAAGUCCCCCCCAAAAGCCUAGCCCGGAUUACACAUUCAGCGAGGAGGGGAGCAGGAGAAAUGGCUGUGAUCUUUCAACGCACGAAAGCACAGCAACGGCUAUAACCCCAUAUGUCUGCACCAUUUUGGCAGAGGGAUGUGGUUAGUGAAAAAGGCAUUAUAUAUAAAGUCUGGCGGCUGAGAGCCAAGCCCUGGGGUGUUUCGGCUUUUAAAGAGCUCCCUUCCUAAUGGAAAUGGGCUCGGUAAAUAAUAUUUCCACGAGGAGGGAAAGGGCGGGGGGAGAGAAAUCUAUUUAGUGUUCAGCGUAGUAAGAUGGAGGAAGGCAGCUGUUGGAGAGACAGCAAACACACAGAGUUGCCCCAUUUGGGGUUUUUUUAAACCCAGGUACACGAAGCCAAGUUUGAGCUGUCGUGGUGGUGAGUCUGUGGCCCGUGGCUCUAAUUUGGCCCAACCGGAGAUCUAAUUUAACCCAGAAGGCCGUUUUUCCCCAAACCACAACCCAAACCUGCCCUCCCACAUCUGAGAUCAUCAGGUGCAGGGAAGGUAGUAAGGAGAAUAGGCCAUUUAAGACCUUCGAAAAGUUAAAAUACUGUUGUUGUUGUUUAGUCGUGUCCGACUCUUCGUGACCCCCUGGACCAGAGCACGCCAGGCACCCCUGUCUUCGUUAAAAUACUAGUAAGCUACAAACAGUUAUAAAACUCUCAAUAAACAAAGAGCAGAUUAAAUAUCCGGGUAAGCUUGUCUAGAGGGACGCGGGUGGCGCUGUGGGUUAAACCACAGAGCCUAGGACUUGCCGAUCAGAAGGUCGGCGGUUCGAAUCCCCACGACGGGGUGAGCUCCCGUUGCUCGGUCCCUGCUCCUGCCAACCUAGCAGUUCGAAAGCACGUCAAAGUGCAAGUAGAUAAAUAGGUACCGCUCCGGCGGGAAGGUAAACGGCGUAUCUGUGUGCUGCUCUGGUUCGCCAGAAGCGGCUUAGUCAUGCUGGCCACAUGACCUGGAAGCUGUACGCCGGCUCCCUCGGCCAGUAAAGCGAGAUGAGCGCCUCAACCCCAGAGUCGGCCAUGACUGGACCUAAUGGUCAGGGGUCCCUUUACCUUUAAGCUUGUCUAAACAGGAAUGCUUUUAGAAGGCACUGAAAAAAAGCCAUCACUGAGAAGGCCCUGGCCCUGGUGGAGGAUAGUCUGACUUCCUUAUGGCCCGGGACCUCUAAAAACUAUGAUUAUUCAUGGACCUUAAGGUCCUCUGCAGGGCAGACCAGGAGAGGCGGUCCCAUAAAUACGAUUGCCCUUAUGCCCACUUGAGCUGCCUCCACGGUCAGUCGGAGGCAGAAAUGCUUCUGAAUGCCUCUUUCUGGAAACCACAGGAUGGGAGAGGGCUGGUCUUGUGCUUGAAUCAGCCCAGUGGCCCACCCCCUCCAGCCUCCUGUUCUCGCAGGGAUCAACCAGGUGUCCAUUGUGGGAAACCAGCAAGGAGGACCCCAACGCAAGAUCCCUCUCCUCUCCUGUGGAAGCAACAGCAGAGCCAUCAUGGCUGGGAGCCACCCAUAGUCCUCUCCUCCUCCACAAAUUUGCAACCCGGUGCUAAGUAUGUUUCCUUGAAAGUGAGCCCCAUUCUGACCAGUGAAUAGUGGGGGUCAAAUUGCACCCUAGUGGGGCAGCCCUAUAGGGUGUUGACUCGGAUGUGGUUCCCUUUGCAUGCAGUGGGGGCUUCUUGAAGGUAAGCCUGCCUCGUAGGAUUGCAGCCUUUGCCUCCAAGGUGAUUUUCCCUAAUCCCUUCCUUUUCUUGCUAAUCCCAUAAGACCCUCAGUUAGCACAAUCCUUUCCCUGUAUGUUCAUUCCCUCCCUCCCUUCCAAGCACAAACAAUCUAUUUUGCUCUGCCAUUUUUGGGAAUGCUAGAAAUGUGUUUUGUUUUUAUUCCCUGUGUUUUAAAGCCCUAUACGGCCUAGGACCCACGUACUUAUGGGACCGCCUCUCCUGGUAUGCCCCAUGGAGGACCUUAAGGUCCGCAAAUGGCAACACUUAGGAGGCCCCAGGUCGCAAGGUGGUUAGAUUGGUCUCAACUAGGACCAGGGCCUUUUCAGCACUGGCCCCGACAUGGUGGAACGCUCUGUCACAAGAAACUAGUGCCCUGUGGGACUUGACAUCUUUCCGCAGGGCCUGCAAGACAGAGCUGUUCCGCCUGGCCUUUGGGUCGGACUCAGUCUGACCCUUCUGUUUCCCUCCCCAUAUGGUCUUGAUCUAUGGGCUACUUUUAAAAUGAGUCUGCAUUUUAAAUUGCAUUUUAACCUGUAUUUUAAAUUGGUGUUUUUCCCCAUAUUCAGAUUUUACUGUAAUUUUACUGGUGUUAGCCGCCCUGAGCCCAGCUCUGGCUGGGGAGGGUGGGGUAUAAAUAAUAAUAAUAAUAAUUAUUAUUAUUAUUAUUAUUAUUCCUCUGUGCAUAAAAUGCACAUGUGAUGAUAACACACAAAAACAUGUCUACAGUUCACCUUGAUUUCAGGUCUUUGGGAUCCCUCCUCCUCACUUUUCUGCACCUGCUCUGAGUAGGCUGCUCCUGCCCUUGGUUCACCUUGAGCUCUUCUGACGCUGCCUUAUACUGUGCUGGGUAGGCAAACUAAGGCCCAGGGCAUGUAUCUGGCCCAAUUGCCUUCUCAAUCCGACCUGCGGGUGGUCCGGGAAUCAGUGUGUUUUUACAUGAGUAGAAUGUGUGGUUUUAUUUAAAAUGCAUCUCUGGGUUAUUUGUGGUGCAUAGGAAUUCAUUCAUUCCUCCCCCCCAAAUAUAGUCCGGCCCCCCACAAGGUCUGAGGGACGGUGGACCAGCCCCCUGCUGAAAAAGUUUGCUGACCCCUGGUCCAGGGUCUCAGUUAGCAAGUAAUGGCCAGUGUCAGACACCCAUGUGGGUUUUCUGGAGGGGUUUUCCUGUGCAGAUUAGGAUCAUUUCCCUCUUGCGUUCAAAAUAAAAUAAAAAUGAGAGUGAUCUGAUUUAGCUUGCUUGUUUCCUGAAUGCAAGGAAGAGAGAGCUAAGAACGGUGAAGCUGUCAAGCCUGAAUAAAUAAAUAAAUUUUCCGCUCUGCAUCACUUGAUGUCCAGGGAUUGAACCUGAGGCAUUCUGCAAGCCAAGCAGCUGCUGUGUCUCUGAGCUAUAGUCCUCUCUGCCUGGGAAAAAAUGGAUAUUUCUUCGAUUUCUCCCUCCCAUCCUCCCAUCUCCAUUUCUCAGUCAGACAUCCAUCUGUUUGAAGGCCGUGGGGGGUGAGCUGCCUGAGUCUUGCCAGUAAAAUUACUGAAUGGCAGGUAGGGAUGGUUUCGAAAAAAAGGGAAUGUAGACAUGCUGCUGACAGUAGACUGGAGAUCCAUUCUUUUCUUGAUGGGGGAAAAAACAAAACCCAAAACUCUUUCAAGGAACAAAGCAAACAGCGCUUUACUUAGAGCAAGCCCCCUGAGUUCCGUCUUGUGGAGCCCUUCCUUUUAAUUUUAUGUGGCUGCAUUCCUGAAAAUGCAAUAUAUCAUAGUUAAAAUAAAGAAAAGAAAACGUACCCACCACCCACCCUAUUGUAACAGAUGGCAUGAGAACAGCCCCGAUUUAAAACCCUACUGUAAAAGCCUGUGUGAAUUCAUGUUUUGUCACUUUUAUUAUUAGUAUUAAUAUUCUGUUGGGAGCCACCCAGACUGGCUGGGUUAAUAAUAAUAAUAAGGCCCUAGAAAGAGGGAGAUGAACUUCCCUUUCUGCAUUUUCCCUAUCAUCAUCAUCGUUCUGUGAACCUCUUUUCAUUCACCCCCCACCAACAGAACCCUUAGUUUGAUGUUCCCGUGCCAACUCAACUCCCAAACCUGCUUUUAAGACUUUUUGGGGUGGGUGUGGAAUGGCCUUCAGCUCUGGACCUCAGUGUCCGGGCUGAAUGAUGGGGGUGGAGACACUCCUUCAGGUAUACUGAAGAAACUUGCAAUCAGUUAAUUCUUGGCAGAGGAAUUUUUUCUGCUUGCAGGUUCUUUGUUCCACAGGACUUUCUGACUCCUCAGACGUUAGAGUUCAUCGGCCCCUUGAUAAUAAUAAUAAUAAUAAUAAUAAUAAUAAUAAUAAUAAUAAUAAUAAUAAUAAUAAUAAUAAUAACAAUAAUAAUAAUAAAAAAUAAGUAUUUAUUGAUGAGCUCAUAAAGUUGUUGUCGACACCAACCCAAGUUUUUUAGGAACGUAAAUGUAAUCAAAAGUCAAGAACAUGUGCAGGGGAAGGCAACCAAGUUGACCCAGGGUCUGGAAACCAAGCCUUAUGAGGAACAGUUGAGGGAGUUGGGUAUGUUUAGCCUGGAAAAGAGGAGGCUAAGAGGAGAUUUGAGAGCCAGUUUCAAAUAUCUGAAGGGCUUCUGCUCUACAAUUCUAUGAUUCUAUAAUCAACAUUUGCUAAUCAUCAUUCAUCAUUACUAGAAAUCGUAGAAUUUGAAUAAAAUAAGGAAUAUUGUUGCAUAACGGAAUCAUCUUACUAAAUACAGAGGGUCCUCACAGGCAAGGAACGUGCACUCUGCACAUGCCCGUGCUCUUUACUUCUGAGGCUCAUAAUUCCUAGUGAAAUCUUUCACGUCCGUGGCGUUAGAAGGGACCCCAAGUGUCAUCUUGUGCAGCCCCCCCAAAGUGUAAGAAUUGCAGCUAAAUAAUCCCUGAGAGACGGCACUCCAGCCUCUAUUUGAAAACCAGACACGGCUCUCACUGACAGGAAGUUCUUCCUAAUGUUUAGAUGGAAUCUCCUUUCAUUGCAAAUAAAUUGGCUAUUUUUUAAGAAAAGGUGCUGCGACGUGAUUCUUUGUUUUCUGCUAGAGACCGACACAGGGGCCCAUCUGGAAGUUGCUUCCCAAUUCAGCUCCGAAGGACUUUUUGGCCUGACGUGCUUUAAAAGGACAUCUCCUCCUCUGGAGGAUGAGCAGAACCAGAUGCUCCCAGGCUGGGGGAGAAGUUGGCCCAGGGCCUGAUGGUUCUGCCAAAUCGCUGGAGGGGACGAUGGGAUCCGGAUUGGAGUGUGCUCAGGGCUCCCUCCCCAGGUGCUCCUGGACUGGGAAUGGGCUCAGGGUAGGCUGGGAUCUGCUGGUGGAUCUCUGGGUAAUUUGUAGCAGAUCUGCAUAUAAUUCUUGUUCACAGCAGGGAGUCAUUCUGGACUCAUAGAAUCAUAGAAUCAUAGAGUUGGAAGAGACCACAAGGGCCAUCGAGUCCAACCCCCUGCCAAGCAGGAAACACCAUCAGAGCACUCCUGACAUAUGGUUGUCAAGCCUCUGCUUAAAGACCUCCAAAGAAGGAGACUCCAUCACACUCCUUGGCAGCAAAUUCCACUGUCGAACAGCUCUUACUGUCAGGACGUUCUUCCUAAUGUUUAGGUGGAAUCUUCUUUCUUGUAGUUUGGAUCCAUUGCUCCGUGUCCGCUUCUCUGGAGCAGCAGAAAACAACCUUUCUCCCUCCUCUAUGUGACAUCCUUUUAUAUAUUUGAACAUGGCUAUCAUAUCACCCCUUAACCUCCUCUUCUCCAGGCUAAACAUGCCCAGCUCCCUUAGCCGUUCCUCAUAAAACUCACAGCUGUCAUAAGACUCACAGCUGUCCAUGGAGGCGCAGGUCAAUUCUGUGUCCAGGGCAGCUGUCUCCCAGCUCCAUCUGGUACACAGGAUGAGACCCUCGCUGCCUGCAAACUGUCUCGCUAGAGUGGUGCAUGCUCUGGUUAUCUCCCGCUUGGACUACUGCAAUGCGUUCUACGUGGGGCUACCUUUGAAGGUGACCUGGAAACUGCAGUUAAUCCAGAAUGCAGCAGCUAGACUGGUGACUGGGAGCGGCCGCCGAGACCACAUAGCACUGGUCCUGAGAGAUCUGCAUUGGCUCACAGUACGUUUCCGAGCACAAUUCAAAGUGUUGGUGCUGACCUUGAAAGCCCUAAAUGGCCUCAGUGCUGUAUACCUGAAGGAGCGUCUCCACCCCCAUCGUUCUCCCCGGACACUGAGGUCCAGCGCCAAGGGCCUUCUGGCGGUUCCCUCCCUCUGAGAAGUGAGGUUACAGGGAACCAGGCAGAGGGCCUUCUCGGUAGUGGCGCCCGCCCUGUGGAACGCCCUCCCAGCAGAUGUCAAGGAAAUAAACAACUAUCUGACUUUUAGAAGACAUCUGAAGGCAGCGCCGUACAGGGAAGCUUUUAAUGUUGAUUGCUGUAUUGUGUUUUUAAUAUUCAGUUGGAAGCCGCCCAGAGUGGCUGGGGAAACCCUGCCUGAUGGGCGGGGUAUAAAUAAUAAAUUAUUAUUAUUAUAUAACUUGAUUUAAAACAACAAACAUGCAGGUGCAGUCAUCUUUCCCCCAAUGCGGGAUUCGAACCCACUACCCAGAGAUUAAGCGCCUCAUGUUCUACCAACUGAGCUACCCCCGUCUAGUAGCCCUCAAUGGCAACGUUCAUAACUCCCAUUGUUCUCGGCGCAUUUUGCGAUGGGAAAUGUCAAUAGUGCAAGCAGUUUCUGAGCUCUGGGCGCAGGACUGGGCCUAAGAUUUGAGAUUAAAACUGCAGCGUGGAAGGAAAAGACGACCUUUUUCUGCCUCCGCGCUUCUGCUCUCUGAAGACUGCAGAAGUUAGAGAAGGGGAAGGUCUAGGCCGGGGCUGUCCAACAGGUCGAUCACAAUCUACUGGUCGAUUGCAGGAUGUUCCCCUGGUUGAUCCUGGUCGAUCUUGGGACCCUCAACCACUUUUUCAAAAAUAAAAAAUUGCUCAACAGCUUUGCUUCUUCCUCCUCUCAACAACUCUGAUCAGUAAGGUAAAGGUAAAGGGACCCCUGACCAUUAGGUCGAGUCGUGGCCGACUCUGGGGUUGCGGCGCUCAUCUCGCUUUACUGGCUGAGGGAGCCGGCGUACAGCUUCCGGGUCAUGUGGCCAGCAUGACUAAGCCACUUCUGGCGAGCCAGAGCAGCGCACGGAAAUGCCGUUUACCUUCCCGUUGGAGCGGUACCUAUUUAUCUACUUGCACUUUGACGUGCUUUCGAACUGCUAGGUUGGCAGGAGCAGAGACCGAGCAACAGGAGCUCACCCCGUCGCAGGGAUUCGAACCGCCGACCUUCCGAUCGGCAAGCCCAAGAGGCUCAAUGGUUUAACCCACAGCGCCACCCGCGUCUGAUCAGUGCUACCCCCGAAAAGCUCAACAACUUUGGUCAAUACAAUGGGCAUAUUACUGCCAGUUUUUUUUUAUUUUUAGUUGGAAUAGAUCGCAGUCUCUUGGAAGCUGGGCACCCCUGGACUAGACCAUGUGAAACAUGAGCAUAAUAUUUUAGCUGCAGUUCAUUCAUUUUCAGCUUUGCAUUUUUGUUCUUAAAAAAGAAUGCGCCCAUUUCGUUGUUGCACCCAUAACCUCGGUUUAAGGUGCCCUUUAGCUCCUAGCUUUCAUAUCUCAGUUUCUAACAUGGCUCAGUAGCCCUUGCCCUCCAUGAAUUUGCUUGAUUUUUAAACCCAUCUAGGUUGGUGGCUGUCCCAUCCAUAGUUUAACGGCGCACUGCAGGAAGAAGUGCUUUCAUGAAGAAGUCGUAGCCCAAAACAUCUGGAGGGCACCGGGUUGGCAAUGGCUGCAGGGUGCAUUGCAUUCUUGGUCUUGCUCUGUCGUUUUGCUUCAUGGUUUUCUUUCUUUUGCUGAGCUCUCGAGACUCUGCCGCUCCCAUGUUUCUCUUCCUGCCCCUUCACAUUUCUUUUAAAAAUGGGUCUAGAACUGGGAUGCUGUUGAUGCAAAGGCGCUGUAAGAUAAUACGUUCAGAAGCCAAGGAGGAGGUGAGAACUUCAAAGAGAGCUCUAUUUUUAUAUCUGGCACAUCUCUCUCUACAAUUGACACCAAGGUCCCAGGCGUGCCGGCAUCUUGCACAACCUGUUUGGGACUCAAGAGGCUCUGGAGAAAUAGGGGAACGAAAGCGUGCUAAUGAGAUUUAUGUUUAUGAGCUCAGGGGCUGGUGGUGGGCCGGCAUUCCUGAGUGUCCGAAUCGGCAGCUGUGCGCAUGCCCUUUAUUCAAUUAUUCUUGUUUACUGUACAGUGGUACCUCUGGUUGCGAACGGGAUCCGUUCCGGAGCCCCGUUCGCAAUCCGAGAGGAACGCAACCCAACGUCUGUGCGUCUGCGCGCGCGCGGGUCACGAUUCGUCGCUUCUGCGCAUGCACGUGACAUCAUUUUGUGCAUCUGCGCAUGCGCGAGCUGCGAAACCCAGAAGUAACCCUUUCUGGUACUUCCGGGUUGCUGCGGGACACAAACUGAACCAAACGUAACAAGAGGUAUGACUGUAUUUAUAGCCUGCCUUUCUCCCAUGUCGGCGUUCAGCUCAUAGAAUUGUAGAGCUGGGGGGGCUCCCCAGCGGUCAUCUAGCCCAACCCGCUGCCACGCGGGGACCACCGCUCCAGAAUCCCUGACAGGUGGCCACCCAACCUCUCUUUCAAAAACCACAAGGAAGAAGAGUCCGCCAGCUUCCGAACGACUCCUGCAAGGCAGCUAACAGCACUUAGAGACAUUAUAAAAUGCAAAGCAGUAAGAACAAACCAGCUGAAAAGCGAUAAUUAAAAUGAAAAUGCAUUUGUGUGGGGUUUCUCUCACGCUUCACCCGGAAGCUGCAGUGGGUGCAGAAUGCUGCAGCACAAUUGCUGACAGGAGGGAGGUGUUGCCAGCAUAUAACUCCCGUGCUCACAGAUCUGUACUGGCUGCCCAUCUGCUACCAAGCCAAGUUCGAAGUGCUGUUAUUAGUAUAUAAAGCCCCUAACAACUGGGGACCAGUUUACCUGUGAGAUUACCUUACCUCACAGACGCCCACUCGGCCACUUCGGUCGGAGGAAUUGGCCCUGCUACAGGUGUCCCAUAAUACUCAUUCCGCACUUGUAAGAAAUCCAUCUUUUAAUUUGGCACUUUGGAACUGCCUGCCUAGUGAUAUCAAGCGGGCACCAUCACUGUAUUAUUUUUGGUGCCGUGAUGAAGACAAUCUAAACAGGCAGCUCUGUUUAGGGAAGCUUUUAAUGUUUAAUAGGUUAUUGUAUUUUAGUGUUUCGCUGGAAGCCGCCCAGAAUGGCUGGGGAAACCCAGCCAGAUGGGCGGGGUAUAAAUAAUAAAUUAUUAUUAUUAUUAUUAUUAUUAUUAUUAUUAUUAUUAUUUGGACAAGUCCACCCAGAGACUUAGAAAGUUGAGGUACUGUGAAUCUGUUUCAGUAUAUUAACUUUUGUAUCUUCCAAAAUAGGAUUCCUACCCCCUUGAUUUUUGUCUUUUGUAAACUGCUUCAAGGGUUGUUGUUUUUUUACAAUGAAGCAGUGUAUAAAUUUUAUGAGAUUAAUAAAUUUAGAACCAGCUAUUAAAAUCCAGUUUGCCCUGAAAGAAGCCCAGCGAUCAGCUUGGUCUAGACCAAGGUUUCCCAUCUGUUUUUUGGGUACAGUUCCCAUCAUCCCUUACCACCGGACCUGCUAGCUUGGGGUGAUGAGUUUUGUAGUCCAGAAACUUGGAGACCCAAGUUUGGGAGACCCUGGUCUACAUGUCAGUUCCCAAAGGCUUGUCUGAGCAGGAAGGUGGAAGAAAAGCGAGGAGAUGGUCAAGCCUGACCUCUCUUGAGAGGAGGGAAUUUCGUGUCUCGUGGCACCACCAGCCUUGCUUCUAAUGCUGAAGGGACCGAGAGGAGGUGCCUACAAGUCGCUUCCCACGAAAACAUAUGUUUGUUAUUAAGAAGAAUAAUUUAAAAAAUCAACAGUAAAGCUUUGCAAAACAAACAAACAAACAAACAAUUUCAGUGCCAGUGGAGAGAAACUGGAUGGGAUUAGAAACUUCCAAGCCUUUAAAAGUCUUGCAAAAAGAAAAAGGGAGGAAGAGUUUGCAAAGGAAAUGGUAGAGUUGUUACCUACCUCAGUAUGCAGGGGCAGGGAGUUCCAAAGGCUGGUGCAGCUAUAGUAAGGUUCCCAGAUUUUUUUCAAUGAAUCCGGGGACACUUUUCAACUUCAAUGGAUUUUGUAUGGGGACUGAUUUGUAAAUCCGGGGACUGUCCCCGGGAAAUGGGGACGUAUGGUAACCUUAGGCUCUAGUCAAGGUCCAGUUCCUGCAAACCGGCCUUCUGGAUAUUUGCUUGUGGAAAACUCUCUGCAAUUCCCAGGCAGGUGGGGGCUAUAGGGGCAUGUUAGCUUUUGUCCUGAGCUCAUUUUGUCUUUUUGCCUGUGGGUCACGGAAACUGAUUGGGGUUGACGGUUCACUUCACCUAACGCUGCUUAGCCUGCUUGCCCACUCCUCCUCCUCUUCACCCCCCCCAUGAAGAAAAUUGUUGGUAUGGGCUUGGACAUGUCAGCCCUUAGGACCCAGAGGGAAUGCUUCGGAGAACUGUUUGGGCAAGGCGGUUCCCUACCCUGUGCAAUAUCUUUUGUCGGGGAGAGAGAAGUCUUAACUGUGGCUCAACCUGCCUGUCUUCUUCCCCUCUCCUGCUCCCCUUUGUGCACCCCCUCUUUGUCUUCAGAGGCAGCCCGCUGCACCCCCUCGGAGCAUGGCCCUUCGCUGACAGGGCUGGCCGAAGUUCGACGCAGAGCAAGCCGGAGGAACUUCUCCCUGGGUCAAAUGGCGACUGCAAACAAGGGUGAGUGGCCGGUGUGUGGUACCCGAGUGGGGCUGGAUGCCCGUUGCCACGGCGACCUGAGCAUCCUGGGUGGUCUUGGGCUGCUUUGGCCCUUCCGUCGGGCAUGUUCCUCGAGUGCAGGGUUCCUUGCUCUUAGUUUGAAUGCCAGAGCUUCCCUGCUGGAUCAGGCCGAGUCCAGGCAGCUGCAGUCUCUCAGCCUGCAACCUGGAGGGUUGUUAGCACAGCGUUCGCCAACCUGGUGCCCUCCAACUUUUUUGGAUCCCAGCUCCCAUCAGCCAGCGCAGGCCUACCUUGCAGGGUUGCACAGGACACAGAGACGAUGCAGAGCACAAAUGAUCAGGAUUGCGCUUGAAACAUUAUGUGUUCCCUUUUGCAAGUUUAGGGAGGCUGCGGUGGUCCUGUGCUGGACGAAAUUCCUGCCCACACUAACCCAGUGACCUCCAGAGGUUUUGGACUACGACUGCUGUGCUGGCUGGGGCUUCUGGGAGUCGUACAGUGGUACCUCAGGUUAAGUACUUAAUUCGUUCCGGAGGUCCGUUCUUAACCUGAAACUGUUCUUACCCUGAAGCACCACUUUAGCUAAUGGGGCCUCCCACUGCUGCCCCACCGCUACUGCACGAUUUCUGUUCUCAUCCUGAAGCAAAGUUCUUAACCCGAGGUAAUAUUUCUGGGUUAGCGGAGUCUGUAACCUGAAGCGUCUGUAACCUGAGGUACCACUGUAGUCCAAAACCAUGGCAUUGCUCCAGGUUGUGCUAUGCAAAGGCUCUGCUAUGCCGACGUCGCACGAAUUCUGUCUUGAGCCUUUUUGGUUGUGAUAUGUCCAAACUAACAUCCAUCACUGCACCCGGAGGUAGGAAAGGUGAGGGAAUAACAUUCUUUGUAAAUAAGCCUCGUGCCCAUCAAAGGGCAGUAGAGCUGUCCUCAGGCAAGGGGGCUGUUGUAUCCAAAACAAUACAGAACGGAACUGGCUGAAAUACCUGGCCGAGUGGCUCGAAUCUUUUGCUCCAUUUCUGCCUGCCUUUCUGUGUUUCGUAUUCAGUCCUUGCCUCCCUUUAAUAAUCCGUUUCAGAAAGCGGAUGCAAAUCGGUUCAGAACGUCUCCGGCGAGGAAAAUCCGCGUGCCGCAGCAAAAACCAGAAUGAAAGGGGUUUGAGCCAGUUUGGUGCAGAGGGCAGCGCCGUGACUGCCUGAACUGGCAACGGGUUCAAAUCGCUACUGGCUUGGCGGGCAGAGGGCUGCGUCUCAGGCUUGCCGUCUUCACAGGGUCGUUGGGGGUCUAAGACUGGAUAGCCCCUGAGCUCCUUGGAAGAAAGGAAUGCUUUUGCACGCAACGCAUGGUGAAACUGUGGCGCUCAUUGCCCCAGCAGGUGGUGGUGGCCCCAGCCUGGGUGCCCUUAAAAGGGGAGUAGAGAGAUUCCUAGAGGAGGAGACGGCUAUUGAUGGCUACUAGCCAUGAUAGAUAUAAAACAGCUCCACAGUCAGAGGCUGCAGUGCUUCUGAAUCCCAGGUGCUGGAAGCCACAGGAGGGGAGAAUAGCUCUUGUGCUUACUGGUUUCCUGGCUGGCCAUUGUGAGAACAGCAUCCUGGACUGGCUGUUGGCCUCAUCCAGCAGACCCUUCUCACAUUCUUACGCGCUUAUAAACUCAUGCCUCAACAGACCAGCUCUGCAGCUUUGCAAGGCACGCCUGCCUUUUUGCAAAAAAAAAUAUUAGCAGAUGCCUGGAGUCUCCUAAGAAUCGGUGCUUCUAAUUCUCCUGCCUUCCACUGCCGAAACCUCUCUGCGUUAACCACCCUUUUCUCCCCCAGCUCCCAAUGGCCUCAACCCCCAUUAUUUGGCCUUAUUGACAACAGAAUUAUGUACAGUGGUACCUUGGUUCUCGAACUUAAACUAUUCAGGAGGACUUCUGAAACCGUUCGAAAACCAAGGUGCGGCUUCCGAUUGGCUGCAGGAGUUUCCUGCCGUGUCGGACGUUUGGCUUCUGAAAAACAUUUCUGGGUUUUUGGUGUUUGGGAGCAGGUUUGUUCGACAGCUAAGCUGUUCAGGAACCAAGGUACCACUGUAUCUCCUUGUCUCUUCAGAGGUAAGGGGCUUCUUGAGUUCAGUGGGGCAGAGGGAGGUUCAUGUAGGAUUGCAUUGCAGGGGGUUGGGAUAGAUGACCGCUGGGGUUCCCUUCCAGCUCUACAGUCCCAUGAUUGUAGCCUCAGCGGCUGAUCCAUGGCUAAUGGGCAGAAUUCGGAAUGUGCUACCCACCCUCCUCUUUCCUCCUCCUCCUUUGCUGGACAGGAGUUUGUGGAAAGGCAAGUCCAUGUACUUUGACCUGGGAGGGGGACGCGGAAAACCUUGCUGGACAGGAGGAGGGAAGCCUCCCAGAAGUUAGUUGUCCUGCCUGGGGCAUAAUUGCAAACUCAUCAGCACUGGAGGGGACUUCAGCUAUUGCAAGAUAUGCUUUUUUAUUGCACUGUAUUUUAUUGGGACCCUGAAUUCCACCAACUGGCGUCUGGUAUAGAAAGACGUACGCUUAGGAUUCAAUAAUUUUCAUCACAGGUGUGAUUUUGAGUACCAGAACUGAAUGGAGCCCAGUCCUUACACCCCCCCCCCCAAACGUGGUCUGUCCUUUCCCCCAACUUUCUUCAUUCCAGCUAUGAUAUACUGUCAGUGGGUGAGUCAUUUCUGUUGCAAUUGCUGAACAACCGGGGAGUCAGGAAUCCUUUGCUUACUCAGACAUUAAUACGAGGUUAGGAGAGGCAGGUGUAGUAGUAAACAGCCCGCUGGGAGAUCCAGCUUCACAUCCUUGCUUGCUGUCGUGAGUAGGUUGGAGUAGUGGUUCAGAGUGUCAGACCAAGACCUGGGAGACCAGGGUUCAGAUCCUGGCUCGGCCAUGACUCCCACUGGCUGUGACCUUGGGCUGCCAGUCCACUGCUUUGCAGCUUAACCUACUUUGCAGUGUUGUUGGGAUUAAACCAGGCACAGGGCCUUCUCAGUGGUGGCACCCACCUUGAACACCCUCCCAUCAGAUGUCAAGGAGCUGAGUAGCUAUAUACCUUUUAGAAGACCUCUGAAGGCAGCCCUGUAUAGGGAAGCUUUUUAAGGUUUGAUGUUGUUUGAUGAUGUUCAUAUAUAUGUUGGAAGCUGCCCAGAGUCGCUGGGGCAACCUGCUCAGAUAGUCGGAGUACAAUUAAUAGAAAUUAUUAUUAUUAAAUUAUGGGGGAGAACCUUGGAUGAGCUCCUUGCAGAAAAAGGAUGGGAUUAUAAGUGCAGUCAAUAAAUAGUGAAUUGCUUUGCUUCUAAACUGUCUGCAUUGCUGAUUACAGUGAGCAAGGUAGAGGAAGCAUUUGGCUGCUGAAAUAAACGACUGCUGUGUCUUGUAUCUGCUGAACCCGCAGCCUCAUAUUCUUCCUCUGUCACUGGUGCCCCCAGAUGCCCCACAAAGGGAUGGAGUGGCUGCUCUAGGGCCUUUUUAGUGUAGAGCAAGGUUUCCCCAACGUGGGUCUCCAGCUGUUUCAGAACUACAAUUCCCAUCAUCCCUGACCACUGGUACUGUAUCCAGGGAUGAUGGGAGUUGUAGUCCAAAAAAAUAGCUGGAGACCUGAGUUUGGGAAACAUUGGUUUAGAGAAAAGGUAAGAGGCCACAUGAUAUUGUUGAGAGACAAAAGAGGAGGGCUCCUUUGGGGGUGAGGUCAAUCAGCUGGAGAGUUGCAGCGCCUGCUGUGGCUGCAGAGACCAACAGGGGAGAGACAUGUUUUGUUGCAGCCGGGGCAGGUGAAGGCAUCUGGUUCUGCUGCUGCAGAUGCACCAAGGCUAGGGUUACCAGAUGUCCCUGGUUCCCGGGGACAGUCCCCGGAUUUGCAAAUCUGUCCCUGGACAAAUUCCAUCUCUGGAAUGUCCCCAGAUUUGCAAAUCUGUCCCCUGUGGCAGUGGCAGUCUCAGCAGCCUGGAGCCAGCCUGGUAGCACAGUUGGCCCUGGCUGGCUCCAGGAGCUGCCUGCUGCCAUGGCGCCCGCCAUUUUUCCUCGCCGAAACUUCUGGCAAGAAAAAAUGGCGGGCGCCACGGCAGCGAGCAGCUCCUGAAGCCAGCCAGGGCCAACUGCGCUACCAGGCUGGCUCCGGGCUGCUGACUGCCGCUGCCAAAGGGGAACUGGGGAUGUCUGGCGGUACAGAUCUCCUGCCUCCUUCCCCCUUUGUUUUGACUGAUCAGGGGAGGCUCGGGGGUUGCAGCCAGCCGGCCGUUGCCCAGUUUUUAAAAAGCUCUACGCAUUUAUGUUUCACAAGGUGCGAAAGAAGGGCUUUGCACCUUGCCUGGCAGAGAAACCACGCGCCUUGUACCGCUCCUGGGCAAUGGCUGCUCGCCCGCGAGGGGGAAGGAGAUCGGGGAAGGCUCAGGAGUCACGGGUGUGCGGCGUGCCAUUGCCCAGUUUAAAAAACUCUGUGCAUUUUCUGUGUCACAGGGUGCAAAAGAAGGGCUUUGCACCUCAUCAUCCCCACUACUGACUCCCUGUUGCUACCCAGCUUAAAAAAAAAAAAAAGUGUCCCCGGAUUCAUUGAAAAAAAUCUGGUAACCAUAACCAAGGCGUUUCUUCUCUCUGUGCUCCUUCAGUGGUCAUUUCUCCUCUGGUCACUGCUACAGAUGCAUGACCUGACGGUCUGUCUUCAGGCACGGCAGUUGUCUGCAAAGGGAUUCCCCCACGGUGUUGCCAUCCUCCGUGCCACUUUUGCAGACAUUUUUGUGUCACAGAGUUGGGCCUGGUGCCAGAAGCCAGGAGCACAUCCUUGGGGAUAUGACAGGAGUUUAUGAUAUGGUUCGUGGCAUGGAGAAAACUGAAAGGGGAUUUCAAGCUUGGUGAAAAACAGGCCUGCCCCUAUUCCUACAGUUUAACAGACGCAGCAUAAAAGGAAAAGGCAACAAGGAGGGAGGAGAAUGGGGGAAAGAGCAAAUUUAGGGUACCUGUGCUUCAGGUUACAGAGCUCUUGCAGCGAGCAGCUAGGCUGGAAACAGUUCAGGGGAGUCUGAUGGAAUGGCUCUUGCUUGGGGUCAGAUGCAGGAGAGCCAAGGGCAGCUAGCCUCUGCCUUUGGUGCAGCCUGAUGGAAAGGUUGCUUCCAGGUGGCUGGGCUCAAUGCUCUGCUAAUGCUGAACCCCACCCUGGGGGUGGAGAGGACUCGGCCCCAGCUGUGCAGCCCUCACCCUCCAGCUAUCGGCACCGCCUUCAUGUCUGAGCUUGCUGGGGCUCGUGUCCCUGACCUUUUGUUUUUUAAGCACCUGCCCAAUGUCAUGUUUUCCGUCGAUCAGAUACGCAGUGACCCAUCACUCUGAACUUUUCCACAUUUUUUAAAGAAAACAACUGCGUGAUGGGCUGAUACGGGCUGUGAGUGCUGCUUGCUGGGUUGGUUUGGGGGAUGGGGGACUCUUAACAGGCUUAGCUGUAGAGGCGAUCAGGCUGGGUAAGGCAGUUUAGGACCUAGGCUAACGGUUUAUUGUCGGUGCUCAGGUGUGGAAAUGCCAGGCAGGCUUUUUAAAAUGUGCAUCUUCAAAAUAAACAUAUUUUAAAAAUAUAAUUUGUUCCAUUAGAAAAUGUCUUUGUCUUCUUCCUUUGUCUCUUUGUCUUCUUCCUUUGUCUCUUUGUCUUCUUCUCUGUCUUUGUCCUCUUCUUUGUCUUUGUCUUUGUCUUCUUCAUAGUGGAGGCGCUUAUCCAAAGCGGGCUCCCUGGAAACAUUUAUAAAUAAGUUUCCGUGGCAGAAACCCUCUGCAAAAGGAAGAGCUGGAUCGUUUCCACUUGACACGCCUCUGCUCAUCAGUCGAACUGUGCACCCUUUUCACUGUCUCCUGAGCACCAAACUUAUCUCUGCCAUUUGGUGCAUUGUUGUCACUGAGAGCUGCAGCUGUUGCCUGUUGAUAGCAAGCCCAAUAAACACGCGAGACGAAACCGGCUGUGUUCUUAGAUAAAUAAGGUAUACUAUUCAUAGUAUCAAAUUAUAAAUUUCAACGGAAGUUCAACAAACGGACAAAGCAGAAGACCCAGUGGAUCAGAUCAUUCUUUAGUCAGUUCAUGCAUGUUUAUAUUAUUUUUGUUGUAAAAUGUGUGAGAUCAUGAUACUGUAUUUAUUUGCAUUACUUAGAGCUUUAAGUACUGAUGAAGCCCAGGACGGCGAAACAAGGCCAAUAUUAUGGAAAUCCUUGUCUAGACUCUGUUUAAGGAUUUUGUGGAACUGUAACAACCUUUCAUGUGGACUUUUUGGACUUUACGAACAGACAGAUUGAAUAGGCACCAUUAUACAGAUGGACCUUAUGCAUGAACUGACUAAGGAAUGAUCUGAUCCACUGGGUCUUCUGGUUGUUCGUUUGUUGAACGAACUUCCAUUGAAAUUUAUAAUUUGAUACUAUGAAUAGUAUACCUUAUUGAGGAGUGGAGAUGCGAACCCGGUUCACUGGAUUACGAGUCUACCACUCUUAACCACUACAACAUACUGGCUCUCACCUUGCAGUAGUCCAAGCGGGAGAUAACCAGAGCAUGCACCACUCUGGAGAGACAGUUCGCGGGCAGGAAGGGUCUCAUCCUGCAUACCAGAUGGAGCUGAUAAACAGCUGCCCUGGACACAGAAUUAACCUGCGCGUCUAUGGACAACUGUAGUUCUUAAUUACUCCCAGGCUGCACACCUGGUCCUUCAGGGGCACAGUUGCCUGAUUCAGGACCAGGGAGUCCUCCACACCUGCCUGCCCCCUGUCCCCCCAAAACAGUACUUCUGUUUUGUCAGGAUUCAACCUCAUUCUGUUAGCUGCCAUCCAUAGUGUGGCUGCAUUUGGAAUACUUUGUGCAGUUCUGGUUGCCAAAGGGAUAUCGUAGAGUUGGAAAAGGUUCAAAAAAGGGUGCCCAAAAUGAUCAGAGGGAUGGAGCAACCCCCUACGAGGAAAGGCUGGGCUUUUUAAUUUUGAGAGAAGGCGAGUAAGAGGCAGCAUGGCAGACAUUUUUUUAAUUAUGCAAGCCGUUGAGAAGGCGGGUGGACUUUUCUCCCCCUCUCGUAACGCUAGAACUCAUGGACACCUAAUAUUGGAAGGUUCAGGACAGAUAAAAGAAAGCCUUUCUUUACUCAGCACAUAGUUGAACUGUGGAACUCACUGCCACUUGAUGGCUACUAGCCAUUAUGCCUGUGCUAUGUCUUCGCAGCUGGAGGCAGCCAUGCUGCUGAACGCCAGUUGUCGGAAACCACGGGAGAAGAGGGGCUCUUGCGCUCGAAUCCUGCUUACAGUCCUAUUGGUAAUAUCCAAGGCAACAUGAUGACCAAGUCCAACAAUGCAAUAUCAAUAUACAGUGGUACCUGGGGUUAAGUACUUAAUUCGCUCUGGAGGUCCGUACUUAACCUGAAACUGUUCUUAACCUGAAGCUCCACUUUAGCUAAUGGGGCCUCCUGCUACUGCCGUGCCACCGCUGCAUGAUCUCUGUUUUCAUCCUGAAGCAAAGUUCUUAACCUGAAGCAGUAUUUCUGGGUUAGCGGAGUCUGUAACCUGAAGCGUAUGUAACCUGAAGCGUAUGUAACCCAAGGUACCACUGUAAACUCUUUAUAUAAUCUAUACGGAACAUUGAACAAUAUGAAAUAUAUGAAAUAUGCACUCUCUACAUAACCAAAUAAACAGAAGUGUUACAAAUCUCUGAAAGUCACAAAAUGUGUACUCUUGGUGGUUUCUCUUGAAAACGUAGAACCAAAUAAACAGAAGUAUAGAUUAUAUAAAGAGUUUAUAUUGAUAUUGCAUUGUUGUACUUGGUCAUCGUGUUGUCUUGGAUAUUACUGAUAUUUGUUUGCAACACAGGGGUUUAAUUCUUUGGUUACUUAUUGUUGUACAAUCCUGUUGGGGCAUCUGGUUAUUCACUGUGAGAACAGGAUGCUGGGUUAGGUGGGCCUGAUCCUGCAGGCUCUCCCCAUGUCUCUGUGUUCACCAGACCAAGCCAGCUGUGAAUCAGCAGCUCCAACUUCUGUCUAACGUUGCUAGUGGAUUCCUCUUUCUGAAAUUGGCACCUGAUCCCUGUUUGGCUUUGAUGUGUCUCCUCUAGGCACCAAGUCCAAAGUGGGAGGUGUCCGCUUCGCCCCGCCUCAACCGGCAGAGGGGACUUCCAGCCAUGUGCACUUUGACGAAAAGCUCCACGACUCCGUGGUCAUGGUCACCCAGGAGAAAGAUGGCAGUUUCUUGGUGAAGGUAAGAGUGCACUGUUGACUUACAUUAUGCUUGUGGUCCACCGAGACCCCUAGAUCCAUUUCACAUGUACUACUAGUUGGGACGCGGGUGGCGCUGUGGGUUAAACCACAGGGCCUAGGACUUGCCGAUCAGAAGGUCGGUGGUUCGAAUCCCCGCGACGGGGUGAGCUCCCGUUGCUCGGUCCCUGCUCCUGCCAACUUAGCAGUUCGAAAGCACGAACUGCAAGUAGAUAAAUAGGUACCGCUCUGGCGGGAAGGUAAACGGCAUUUCCGUGUGCUUCUCUGGUUCGCCAGAAGCGGUUUAGUCAUGCUGGCCACAUGACCCGAAAGCUGUGGGUCAGCUCCCUCGGCCAAUGAAGUGAGAUGAGCGCCGCAACCCCAGAGUCGGCCACAACUGGACCUAAUGGUCAGGGGUCCCUUUACCUUUACCUUACUAGUAGGCCAGGCGUCUGUUUGCGCAUCUGGAGUCUAGAGAUCGGGACUGCGUGUUGGUGCUCCCAUCAUGUUGUUGUUUAGUCGUUUAGUCGUGUCCGACUCUUCAUGACCCCCUGGACCAGAGCACGCCAGGCCCUCCUGUCUUCCACUGCCUCCCGCAGUUUGGACAAACUCAUGCUGGCAGCUUCAAGAACAUUGUCCAACCAUCUUGUCCUCUGUCGUCCCCUUCUCCUUGUGCCCUCCAUCUUUCCCAACAUCAGGGUCUUUUCCAGGGAGUCUUCUCUUCUCAUGAGGUGGCCAAAGUCUUGGAGCCUCAGCUUCAGGAUCUGUCCUUCCAGUGAGCACUCAGGGCUGAUUUCCUUCAGAAUGGAUAGGUUUGAUCUUCUUGCAGUCCAUGGGACUCUCAAGAGUCUCCUCCAGCACCAUGACUCAAAAGCAUCCAUUCUUCGGCGAUCAGCCUUCUUGAUGGUCCAGCUCUCACUUCCAUACAUAGUCCCCCGCCUACCAGAAACCCUGUCUGUAUGCUGGUGUCCCUAUCUGCGCAGUAGAUGUAUGUAUGUAUGUAUUUGUUUAUUUAUUUCCCUUCUCUUCUCUUCUCUUCCCUCCCCUUUUAUGAAGAUUACCCGCUCUGAGACCCCACAGCUAAUUCUCCCCUGGCCUCCUCGCUGGCCCAAGUAGGUCUAAUUUAGCCAGCUAGCCCUGGGGAUUAUCUAAUGCUUAUUACAUGGAUUUCCCCUAAAUUGAUUUCUGAACUUUGAAUUUUAUUGUUAUUCUUUUUUUAUACUGUAUUUUAUUCUGCUUCUACAAUUAAGUGUUUUAAAUUUGUUGUUAGCCUCCCUGAGCCCGGUUUUCUGAACCGGGAAGGGCGGGGUGUAAAUAAAAAUUUAUUAGUAGUAGUAUUAGUGAGGACUAGGAACACACUUUAAAAAAUAAAUUAUUGAGUUUUACAUAACAUAUUUCAAUUUACACAUAUUGUUCACCAUCACAUUUAGGAUUCUCAGAAGCCCUAGACUUCCCACCGCCCUCUGGUUCCCAAUGUCAAUCCCUUUUUCUUUCAGCUUAUCCAUUUUUUUAUCUAAUUUGUUAACAAUAUUACUAACUUUUCCCAUUGUUACGCUUUUUAAACUCCACAAACCUAGCAGCAGCAUAACGCUGAGCUGUUCUGGAUUCCAAACUCUUCUGUGUCUAGCAUCGCACCCUGUGUUUCUGAUGAACUUUCUGCAAGAGGUUUUUCCUCUCUCGGCUUUAUUCUUUGGCCCCUAUAACUGAGAUCCUUCCAGGUUCCCAGAGGGGACCCUCGCUCCCAGCAAAGCUCUUUCCAGGAAGGGUGAGCUAUAUAUAAACCCUAUGUGUCUAGAUCCUGCCUCGAUGAUAGCAUAUUGAAAUUAGCAAGUCCUUUUCGUAGCUCAGGGAAUUACUGGUUUAAUUCGCUUUUGCCCUUGGUGCUUGGAAGCCGUCCAAGCAAAGGGGAUCAGGCAAGAUUUUCAGCCUGGUAGCGUUGGUGGCUUAGUUGCUGUUGACUCAGAGCUUACCCAAAUUAGCACCAAUUUACCAGGACUUCGCCUGCUUCCUUCUCCUGCUUUGGCUAACAAAUUGUCAGGAGACGGAGAGCAUCCAGUUCUUUGUAACUCUUGAAGCAGGGGCAAUAAAAAACUAUUUUACUUUUAAAAGACAACUGAAGGCGGCCCUGUUUAGGGAGGUUUUUAAUGUCUGACGCUGUAUUGUUUUUAAUAUUCGGUUGGAAGCCACCCAGAGUGGCUGGGGAAACCCAGCCAGAUGGGCGGGGUAGAAAUAAUAAAUUAUUAUUAUUAUAUUAUUAUUAUUAUUUUCACUGCGGGUGUAGGAGGACGCAGAGACACGGCAGAACAGGAGGUUUGUGUCGUGCAGAAAGCUUCAAAAUGGAGAGGCUAGGAGCCUUGGUUUGGGGCGGGACUCAAGGCCUGCACAAUGCGCUGGCUCUGGGAUGCUCUGUGAGAUUUCACGACGGCGCAUGAAUCCCCAUGAGAAUCCCUGGCUUCUCCCGCUAGCUAAGGGGUCAGGUGUGCACAGUUUUCCUGUACACACGGAAAUCCUGGUGCCAAACCCCCUGGCUAAAAAGCUGUCGCACUGGGAUCGAUAAAAUAAACACCCUAAGGGCACCACUUUGGCUAGCCCUGUUUUGGGGUUCCCUCUGUGAGACUUAAUCCAUGCGCAGGCGCCUGCUUCCCCCGUUCUUUUCACACACACCACUGUCUCCCAGCUGCUCCAGAUGCCCGCAAUGGCUGUUUCCUUCCUGCAAAAGGGAAUCAGCCCAUGGCUUUUGUUUUUUAAAAAUUAACAGUAAUUAAAUCCUCAGUGUAGACUUCAAGGAGCCCCCCCCCAUCCCAUCCCACUGCCAAGAACUUUAGAUCCCAUUCUGGAAGCAGCUGUCCCUCCUGUUUUCAUUCUCUUGCCAACGUUUUGUCCCCCUGGAGCAAAAUGACUUCUGGGGAAGAGACGGGAGGGAGAGCCCUUGGGUGUCGGGCUGGGGGAAAGCCAGAUGUGCGGAGAGAUCUGUCGCCUGGCUUGUGGCGUUGCUUCGUCAGGUGUGGGGGUCCCUUCCUUCCACAGCACCUGGUUUUGCGAGCAAACCCAGUGGGAGUGAGUGAGGAUAGGUGGUUUUUGCAGUGUAAAGGUAAAGGGACCCCUGACCAUUAGGUCCAGUCGUGGCUGACUCUGGGGUUGUGGCACUCAUCUUGCUCUAUAGGCUGAGGGAGCUGGCGUACAGCUUCCGGGUCAUGUGGCCAGCAUGACUAAGCCGCUUCUGGUGAACCAGAGCAGCGCACGGAAACGCCCUUUACCUUCCCGCCGGAGUGGUACCUAUUUAUCUACUUGCACUUGGACAUGCUUUCGAACUGCUAGGUUGGCAGGAGCUGGGACUGAGCAACGGGAGCUCACCCCGUCGCGGGGAUUCGAACCGCCGACCUUCUGAUCAGCAAGUCCUAGGCUCUGUGGUUUAACCCACCGCGCCACCCGCGUCCCUUUUGCAGUGUGGGGCCCUUCUAAUUCCUAUUACGUUUCCCGCUCUCAGAGCAGCCAUAGAUGGAGUCUUUGGCCUGGUUCAGACUUAGCAGCAAGCUGUGGUUUCCCUGGUAAAAUCACACAACCAAGUUUUGGGGUGCCACGGCCCAGUGUGCUCACCCACUCCUCACUUUUCACGACUGAGAAGAAUAAGCUUUCGCAUACAGUGGGCAAACCACAACAUCUGUUGCAUCACAGGUAGCUCACCUCUGGCCUUCCAGAUGUUCACAGAAUCAUAGAAUUGUAGAGUUGGAUGGUCAUCUAGCCCAAGGGUCAUCUAGUCCAACCCCCUGCAAUGCAGGAAUCUCAGCUAAAGCACCCAUGACAGAGGGACACCCAACCUCUGCUCAUAAACCUCCAAGGAAGGAGAGUUUACAACUUCCUGUGGGAGCCUGCUCCACUGUCUAAUGGCCCUUACUGUCAGAAAGUUCUUCCUGAUGUAACCCUGAAGCCAUGGGUUCGAGUCCUACCCUCCAGAGCAGGGGAAAACAAACUUGCUCCCCCUUCCAUGCGACAGCCCUUCAGAUAUUUGAAGAUGGCUAUCAGCUGGAACAUAAAGAAGGCUGAUAGCCGAAGAAUUGAUGCUUUUGAGUCAUGGUGCUGGAGGAGACUCUUGAGAGUCCCAUGGACUGCAAGAAGAUCAAACCUCUCCAUUCUGAAGGAAAUCAGCCCUGAGUGCUCACUGGAAGGACAGAUCCUGAAGCUGAGGCUCCAAGACUUUGGCCGCCUCAUGAGAAGAGAAGACUCCCUGGAAAAGACCCUGAUGUUGGGAAAGAUUGAGGGCACAAGGAGAAGGGGACGACAGAGGACGAGAUGGUUGGACAGUGUUCUUGAAGCUACCAGCAUGAGUUUGACCAAACUGCCGCAGGCAGUGGAAGACAGAAGUGCCUGGCAUGCUCUGGUCCAGGGGGUCACGAAGAGGCGGACACGACUAAACGACUAAACAGCAACAAUCAUAUCUCCUCCCAGUUUACUCUUUUCCCGGCUAAACACACCCAGCUCCUUCAACCGUUCCUCAUCAGGCUUGGUUUCCAGACCCUUGAUCAUCUUGGUCUCCCUCCUCUGCACACCUUCCAGCUUGUCAACAUCCUUCUUAAAUUGUGGUGCCCAGAAUUGGACACGAUAUUCCAGGUGUGGUCUGGAUCAAGACAGAAUAGAGUAUUGUUAGAGUACAUCUCCUCUCAGCCCUGGCCAAUUCUGGCAGUGCUACUUGUUGGAUACCCUCCUUGUUGCAUCCUCUUAGCUGUGUAAGGAUAUUUAUAUUGUGUGUUAGAUCUGCUGCGGCCUUCAGAGGCAGCUGGGAGUUUGUAUGGCACACACACACACACAAACGUGCAUGCCUAGCUAAAGGAACUCAAAUCUCAGAACUGCCUUCGGUCUUUGAGCCUCCACGUGUCUCUGAGCAUGGGCAGAGCGUCUCCUCAAAGUCCCACGCCCGCUGACACCAGGGUUUUGGGGAGUCGUGACCCUGCCUGCGAGGUGACGAGGCUGAGGCUGCUCGACUUGCAGCAUUUUUGGGAGGACUGCAAUUACGAGAUGGCAUCAAGCUCCCUUUCUCCCCUUCUCUGCCAGGCCUUCCCAUUUUUAUCUGUGCGGCACUCCCGCCAAGCCUAAUUACUUCUGGCAUUUUGGACAUAAAAACCAAUUAUCCAAGUUUCAUUCCAGGAACAGCCUGAUUACAGCAGCCUCUUCCGCCUCUGCGUUCUUAUUCUUCCCUUGCUAGGCGUGAAACCAACAGGGUGGAAAAAGCGAAAUUGGAGCUAGUUGCUGGGUAUUAUCUCAUUCCUUGCUCUCUAGUUCUCCAGUAAUGUGCGGAGGAAGGGAUUUUUCACUUGGCUGUUGGGUGUGUGUUUUAAGGUUACAAUCCCUCUCAGCCCCCCAGUCCCAGAGCUUUCGAUCUUAAUUUCCUUCUGCUCAGAGAAAGCCAUCUCAGAUACUAUUCUGUCUAAGGCAGGAUUAAAUGCCGUUUCAAGGGCACUGAAAUAUUUAUCGGUAUAGAUCUUGCCUGCUGGCACAACUACGAAGCUGCCUUUAUUGGAGGACUUUUUGGCGAUGGGUUGGGGGAGCGGGACCUGUGGCCCUCCAGAUAUUUAUGAAUUCCUUGGCUCCCAUCAACCCCACCUAAAUUGGCCAGUGGUCAAAGAAGACAGGUGGCCCUGUGUGGCCUGUUUGGGUAGCCAGCUGCUCUCCAAGUCCAUAGGACCAGUAGUUAUUUCAAGCACCACUCUCCAAAUUCCCUUUUUUGCUGAAGGAGCGUCUCCACCCCCAUCAUUCUACCCAGACACUGAGGUCCAGCUCCAAGGGCCUUCUGGCGGUUCCCUCACUGCGAGAAACCAAGUUACAGGGAACCAGGCAGAGGGCCUUCUCGGUAGUGGCACCCACCCUAUGGAACGCCCUUCCACCAGAUGUCAAGGAAAUAAGCAGCUACCCUAUUUUUAAAAGACAUUUGAAGGCAGCCCUGUUUAGGGAAGCUUUUAAUGUUUGAUGCAUUACUGUAUUUUAAUAUUUUGUUGGAAACUGCCCAGAGUGGCUGGGGAAGCCCAGCCAGAUGGGUGGGGUAUAAAUAUUAAAUAAUAAUAAUAAUAAUAAUAAUAAUUAUUAGCCAGAGGUUCUGUGUGUUCAGCCUGGGGCCUCCUGUGUUCAAAGCACUUGAGUUAUCUCUCCGCACAAUGCCACUGAAUUCUUUUUAUGAUGGACAUGGGAAGCCCCAGGUUAGGCUAGGCUGCCUUGGAGCGCCACCCUAAACCAUGGCAGAGAGAAGUGAAUCAGCCUAGUCCCCUCCUCCUGAGUUAACUGUGAUUCGUCAUGUGGCCCAGAUUGACAGACAGUCUGUCCUUAAUUGUGGUUAGCUUAAAGCAGGCCAGUGCCAUUUCACAGUUUCUGAAGCCUGUUAACUAACCACAGUUAGAUGGCCAUUGUUCUGGGUUUCGAUAGCACAGGAAACUGUGGUUUGCCGAAAGCGAAACGAAAGAUUCUGAACUCCCCCCACAGCUUGCUAAACUAUGGUUUAGCAUGUUGCCUGUUCAUGCCUACUUUAUCUGCUCUGAGUGUUAGUGGCUCUCCUCAGUCUUAAGCGAAGUGAGGUUUUAAACUGGAGAUGCUAGGACUGAACCCGGGGCCACCAGCAUGCCAGACACCUGCUCUGCCCACCGAGCUAGAGUCCCUUGCCGUAUGGAGUGUGUGAUCUACGUCGGUUGCAAAAUGACACUUGACUUGGCCAGGAUCUGGGCUGCUUGAGUGCAGCGUUCCCUUCAUCAAGGCUAUUAUUAAGCAGACAUAAGUGUUAUCGCAGCAAAGCAUUUAUUGGGAAGGCCUGUGAAGUACAUAUUAUUAUUAUUAUUAAACUGCUUUUAGUCUUCAGCCACUUUCUCAACCUGGACGGAGGCGUUUCUGCAGAAGCAGAUCUGCUUUCCAACGAGUCGCCCAGAUUACUCUCCCCCCCCGCCACCCCCCCUUCUGGGCUCUUUUCAGGCACCGAAUCUCAUUUACUGAUGCGCGCCGUUGCUAACACAUUAAGGCCUUGCCACGAUCAAAGAAACUGUGAAAGCAGCCAGGCUGGUGCAGCUUAACGGCUGCCGACGUGCAGCUGGAAAUGUUUUGGGACAUUUGCAGAGCGGUUUUCGCCCGCCUCAUCUUUGCUUGUUCAUACUUGGAGCAGGAAACUGUGUGAAUCUGGUAUCAUGAGAGAGAGAGAGAGAGAGAGAGAGAGAGAGAGAGAGGGAGGGAGAUAUUUUUGCUCCUGGUCUGGCUCUUGCCACAUCCGGCUCAGAGCAGAGAGGUGCUUUUGUGUCUUGAGGGCAGCAACCUUUGGGCUUGGGAGACAUGAUGCUGUUGGGUGGGGUGGAGGCAUAUUACGUGAGGACGUGGCUCUUGGACUGGAAAGGGUUUCGCCAAUCCUGAUUAGGACCCACGUACCUACAGGACCGCCUCUCCUGCUAUGCCCUGCGGGGGACCUUAAGGUCCGCAAAUGACAACAUUCUGUAGGUCCCAAGUCACAAGGUGGUUAGAUUGGUCUCAACAGGGCCAGGGCCUUUUCAGUAUUGGCCCCGACUUGGUGGAACGCUCUGUCACAAGAGACCGGGGCCCUGCGGGACUUGACAGGGCCUGCAAGACAGAGCUGUUCCACCUGGCCUUUGGUUUGGACUCAGUCUGACCCUUAUGUUUCCCUCCCCUUAUGGUCUUGAUCUAUGGGCUACUUUUAAAAUGAGGCUGAAUUUUAAAUUGCAUUUUAACCUGUAUUUUAAAUUGGGUCUCCCCGCCCCCCAUUAUGUUUUUACUGGGCGGGAGGGCAGGGUAUAAACAAAAUUUAUUAUUAUUAUUAUUAAUUAUUUAUUAUUUGUACAUGCUUUGAGUGUCUCGUUAGGAAAUAGAGGACCCAACCGCCCUGGUCCCAGCCAUAGAACCAUAAAAUAGUUGGAAGGGACCGCCAGUGGACAUCUAGUCCAACCCCUUGCAAAAGAACCCGCAGCCAAAGAAUCCUGGACAGAUGCCCAGCCAACCUCUCCAGUGAAGGAGAGCCUGCCAUCUUCCACCCACCCACAGGCAGGCAGUCUCAUUUACUGUCAGUCUUCUCUUGCCAUCAGAAAGUUCUUCCUAUCAUUUAGUCUGAAUCUCCUUUUGUCUACCUUGGUUCUCAAACUUAAUCCGUCCCGGCAGUCCAUUCCAAAACCAAAGCGUUCCAAAACCAAGGUGCGCUUUCCCAUAGAAAGUAAUGCAAAACAGAUGAAUCCAGUCCAGACUUUUAAAAACAACCCCUAAAACAGCAAUUUAACAUGGAUUUUACUAUCUAACAAGACCAUUGAUCCAUAAAAUGAAAGCAAUAAUCAAAUGUUCUGUGCUAUAAAAUAAAUAUGACAUUAUUGUAGAUAAUUAAACUUAAUUUUUUUCUUACCUGCGCUGAUUAUAGUCAUUGUUUGGAUGGGGGGCUUUUAUCCAUUUCCGCAGUCACACAAUCAAUCAAUCGAUCAUAAAACGAAAAACAAGCCAUAGACACAAAAAUGAAAAAGCCACACAAACAAAAACGCAAGAAAUAGCAAAAACAAACGCACUGAAUAUCACCUCAGAACAUUGCAAUCAGAAGUGGAAGGCUUUAAUUAUGAUGGGGGGGGGGGCGAACUAAAAUUUGCUGCUUAAGGGUAAAACGGAAGCAAAUAAGCCUUAAUUAGGGUUGGGGGAGGGAUGACUUAAAUUUGCCGCUUAAGGGUAGAAACGGGAGCAAAUAAGCCUUAAUUACUAUGCGGGGGACUCAAAUUUCCUGCGCAACAGGAAAAAUGGAAGCUCAGGAGCAUGUUCAGCUUCCGGGACAAAGUUUGAAAACCGGGACACCUACUUCUGGGUUUGCAGUGUUUGGGUUCUGAGUUAUUAGGGAACUAAGCUGUUCGAAAACCGAGGCACCACUGUAAUUUGAAUCCAUUGAUUCGGGUCCUCUGGAGCAGCAGAAAGCCAGCUUGCUCCAUCUUCCAUGGGUCCAGCCCUUCAGAUAUUUGAAGAUGCCUGUCCUAUUUCCUCUCAGUCUCCACUUUUCCAAGCUAAACACUCCCAACUCCUUCAGCCCUUCCUCAAAAGCCUUGGUUUCCGGACUUUUUAUGCAGGAACCAGCUUUCAGCUGAUUCACAUCCUAUGUCUGGAUAGCUCAGUUGGUUAGAGCAUGGCACCGAUAACGCCAAGGUUGCAGGUUCGAUCCCUGUAAGGGACAGCUGCAAAAUUCUGCAGAGUAGGGGGUUGGAUUAGAUGAUCCUCAGCGUCCCCCGUUGGGGGUUCCUGGCUAAAGAUGCCCGUUCUUUGCCAGUUUGGUGCCCUCCACAUAUUUAGGGCUACAGCUCCCAUUGGCACUACAGUGGACCCUCUAGUUAUGUACCACUCUGGAUACGUAACUUUCGGUUUAUGAACGCUGCAAACCGCGCACGCAUUCGCAGAAGCGAUCUGAGCACCGUGCGCAGAAGCGCCCAAUUGCGCUCCGCUUGUGCGCAGUAGCGGCACCUCUGCCGACGGACUUUUCGGGUUGUGGGCGGACCCCCGGAACGAAUUUAAUUUGUAUCCGGAAGCUCCACUGUACUUUGUGUUCUCAUCGCCUGCCAUUCCAUUUUUUUUUUUAAAAAAGGACCGUGUGAGUCUUUCCGCAGCCCAAGGCGUCUUCAUCCCCUUUCUCGCUGCCUCAAAUCAUUUGCCCUGGGAAGCCAAGCUCUGCGCUCGAAGCAAUUAUAUAAAUUAUGCCUAAUUUCUGCCUUUCGGAUGUAAUUGCGCGAUUACGCCUAAUGUGCCGUGCAUCCAGCUCUCUCCACCUGCCAUACCGGGUGAUUUGUUUCCGCUCAGAGGCAAGCAGGGAGGGCUGCCGGCCUUACACCCUCCCAGGCUGGCUCUCACACUGACCCUGUUUCCAGUCCGCCUGUUUCAUCAGGGGCCUCAAAUCUGGGCGUAAACUUCUUGCCAAUGGCCUUCAGCAAAAGGCCGUCCCGUAUAACGCAACCCGCACGCCCCGGUUUAAUCCCGGUUCACCAUUUCCCCUGAAAAUCCAAUCAGGAAGAAAAGUCAGUGGAAAUGGUAAAAUCCAGAUUUGUACGAGACGACGGUGUUUUGUUGAUGGUGGUGUUUUGCGGGGGUGCCGCAGAAAACAUUGGUGUGCACGAGUCGCAGAGGGUUGACAGCCAACUGCUGUGUGGGUGUCCCUGAAAACAUUGUGCGUCAGGAUAAAUUGUUGCUGAGUUCUUCAGGGCCGUUAAAACAAAAAGAGAUUGUGGAGAGCUCUAGAAGGGCCUCUCCAAAUGGAACGAAUGGGUGGAAAAGCAAGAAAUGCAGUUUCAUGUCAAUGAGGGCACAGUGAUGCAGGGUAAUUAAUCUUAAUUUUGCAUAUUCGCCCAUGGGGUCUGAACUGGCGGUGAUGGACCAGGAAUGAGACCUUGGGGGCCCCAGUGGAUAGCUCGAUGAAGAUGUAGACCCACGGGGGGGGGGGGGCUGUGAAAAAGACAGACUCCACUCUAGGGAUUACAGUGGUACCUCGGGUUACAGACGCUUCAGGUUACAGGCUCCGCUAACCCAUAAAUAUUACCUCGGGUUAAGAACUUUGCUUCAGGAUGAGAACAGAAAUCAUACGGUGGCAGCACGGCAGCGGCAGGAGGCCCCAUUAGCUAAAGUGGUACCUCAGGUUAAGAACAGUUUCAGGUUAAGAACGGAGCUCUGGAACGAAUUAAGUACUUAACCUGAGGUACCACUGUAUAAGGAAAGGAAUUUGAAGUAUAACUUGACAAUAUCAUAAUGGCAUUAGACACCGCCUGAUUUGUGUGGGGGUUGCAUUCUGGGUCAUCUUGUGGAGCGCCCCCCCCCCGUCACUUCUGAGUUUGCGGCAAUGCACUUGUGCAAUUAUUAUUAUUACAGUGGUACCUUGGUUCUCUUGCCCCUUCUCCUUCUCCAGGUUGGGUUCUUGAAGAUCCUGCACAAGUACGAGAUCACCUUCCACCUGCCCUUUGUGCAGCGGCUGGGGCAGGAUGUCUGUGCUGCUCAGCUGGCCAACCUGAAUCUCCGCGUGACCAGCAUAGCGCCUGCAACGGAAGGUAAGGUCUUUCUGCCUUGCAUCACCUUCCGCACUGUGAGAUGAUGGGUGUAUCUGAAGGGGACCCUUUCCUGUGGUUUUGAGAUUCUCCGUUUCUUAAAAUGCUCUUCCUUAUGUCCUGAAAACCCUGUUUUGUUUUGUUUUGUUUUAUUUUCAAAAAAUAAAUAAAUCAUUUUAUAACACCAAUAAACAACACAAACAGAAAAACAAACAACACAAACAGAUUCUUGUAUUAUCCUUAUUUUUUUCUAAACCUUGUUAGGUGAGCUUCCCCAAGUCCCCCCAUCUGAUUUUCAUUUCACCUCAUCUUUAGCAGUUUACAUAUCAUAAUUUCUAACCAUUUUUUUAAUCGCACUUACUUUAACCAUAAAAAUCUUCACAUUUUAUCACUUACAAAUAAUACUAUUUUAAAUUACACUGUCUUCUACUUCUAACCCUACAGCCUAAAUCCAGUUCCAAAGCUAUUCUAAGAUUUAAAUAUUAACAUAUUUUUUCAAAUCUUCCUUAAACUUCUUCCAGUCUUCUUCCACCUGUUUUAUUGAUCCUCUUAAAAACACACACACAUACACACCCAGUGUUUCCCCUCUUGGUUCUGACUUUGCCUCUGUACGAAUCUGUGCUGCAAUUGCGUUUGGAAUAUACAAGGUACAGUUCUGGCUGCCUUGCCUCAAAAGGGAUGUUGUGUAGCUCAAAAAGGCUCAGUGCAGGGGGGCUACCAGGUGGCGCGUUGGAAGAUGGCCGACAAUAACAUCUCUCUGACCCAUACGAGGUACUAAGGGGCUGCUAUGGGAAGUAGGCAGCCUUCCUAUACUCCCCCAGGAUGUGGGGGAGUGCUGUCCUGCCAGCGGUGUUCACAAUGCACCCCCUGAAACGAGUGAUGGGGGUGCUGAACACUUGGCACAGGCCCUCGGUGAAGUCAGCUCUUCCUGACGCCGAUUCCAAUCAGCGUGUGCUGGUUGCUGCAGCUUGGAAUUAUAAUUGGAAACAUACGAUUGGAAAGGAAGCUGAAAGCACAUACAUCAAGUAAAGCUCGACCGAUAAGGCUGCUGAUUUAUGGAUCUCUGCGACCAGGAGUGACGGACGGAUAAGCAAAUCUUCUGAUGAACUACCACAAGGAGACUGUAUGUUUGGAACGAAGGGGGGGUGGAGGAAAAAACUCUUUUUUUCUGCAUGAUGUGACAUUAAUGAUGUGACAUUCACCCCAGAUAGAAAUAAGAUCGUCGCGUUUCUAUCAAUCACAGGCAGGAUUUUAAGAACUAUGUGGGACGGAGUAUAACAGGAAAAAAGACUGGAGAACGGUGAGAAAAGAGGAAAUUUUUUAUGACGCAGUUAAAAAAUGGCGUCUCGCCAGGACAGGUCUGCCGGAAGAAGAAGGACUGGGGGAGGAGAAUCAGGAUUGUUUGAAUGAGAAGGAAUGCUGGAAUGUAAGUUUGACCUGACAGAACCCCCAGACUCAUUUGAUUUAUUCGGUAAGCCUGAGAAAAAUAAAGGACAGAUCGGAGAUUAAUUUUGUUUAUGGAAGCGUUGUACGGAGGCUGUCCCGGAUCGAUAUGAUUUUUGGAAGAGUACAAAACCCACAUAGAAUGCCAGCUUUCAACCUGCUUGUGAAAAUCAUCAGAGAUCGCAAAGAAAGGAAUUUAUGAUAACAACAAGAAGAGAAAGGAAGUAAUAAAGCUCUAUCCGGAUCAAACUGGACAGAACUGUCUAAUUAAUGCAGUAAGAUAAGUGAUGCUGUUUUGGACUCGAGCCGAGCUUGAUGUAUGGGUACCCCCAACAAAAUUUAAAAUUUGGCUGUAUAAUUUGGAAUCAACGUGAUACGGAUAAUGUGAUGUGAUUGGCCUGUUAAUAAAAAUUAUUUUUUAAAAAAACAAAAAGGCUCAGUGCAACCUGGGAAACAUCUACUAAAAUGACCAAGGAAGUGGAGCGAUUCCUCUCUGGGACUUCCUACUUUGCAGAAAAGGCAAGAGGCAACUUGAGAGCGGUUUAUAAGAUUAAGCAGGGCACUGGGGAUGAAUUCAUGGAGCCAAGCAGGAGGUGCCCUGAAAAGAAUUGGGAGCCAAUGGUAUCGGCAGUGCUGGUCUGACUCGGUCAGAGGGAAUGCUGGGAAUCACGAGCGGGGAGAGUGUUCUUGUGCUUGGAUUUUCCUUGCGGGCCCCCCCUAAUGGGCUUCUGGUUGGCCUCUCUAAGAAGAGGAUGUCCAUAUCUCAUAGAAUCUCAGAGUUGAAAGGGACCCAAAGGUCAUCUAGUCCAACCCCCUGCAGUGCAGAAAUCUCAGCUCAAGCAUCCAUGGCAGAUGGCCACCCGACCUCUGCUUAAAAUCCUCCAAGCAAGGCGAUCCCAUCACCUUCUUAGGGAAACUGUUUCACUGUUGAAAGUUCUUCCUGAUGUUCUGUCGGAAUCUCCUUUCUUGUACUGUGGUAUCUCAGGUUACAGAUGCUUCAGGUUACAGACUCCGCUAACCCAGAAAUAGUGCCUCGGGUUAAGAACUUUGCUUCAGGAUGAGAACAGAAAUUGUGCUCUGGCGGCGGCAGCAGGAGGCCCCAUUAGCUAAAGUGGUGCUUCAGGUUAAGUUUCAGGUUAAGAACAAUACCCAAAUAUAGACAGUCAUUUACCCUCGCUAGAUUCAAUGUGCUACCAUCUGCCUUAUUGCAGGGCAGAUUCGAGGGUAAACCGGACGUGGAACAAGUCUGCCCCUGCGGCUUGAUGGAGGUAGAAACUGUCUCUCAUGUCUUGUUAGGCUGCCGUUUCUACGGGGAUAUACGCUCAGUAUUUAUCACUCUUGUUAUACAAAAAUCUCCAAAUGGGUCCGAACUUCAAUGUCUAAAACUCCUGGUAGAAGACAAGGAUCUGGAGAUUGCGCUAAGGGGGGCCAAAUUCUGUGCGACUGCCAUAAAACUUAGGGAACAAGCUGUACUACCAAAAUGAUUAAGGUUUUAAAUGAUAAUUUUAGGUUAUAUUUUAGUGAUCAAGAUUUAAUAUAUAUAUAUUUUUAACUGCCGCCAUAUCUGAAUUGUCUCUGUUGUACCUAAUUGCAAUUCAAUGUAUUCCUGUUGUGUUUUAUGAUUUUCCUGAUAUUGUAACUGAGCCAGAACUGGUCUGUGACCGUAAUAAUAAAAUUCAUUCAUUCAGGUUAAGAACGGACCUCCAGAACGAAUUAAGUUCUUAACCCGAGGUACCACUGUAACUUGAAUUGACUGGUUCGAGUCCUACCCCCCCCCACUCCAUCUUCCCUUGAGAUACUUGAAGAUGGUUCUUCUAUCUCCUCUCAGCCUCCUCUUUUCCAGGCAAAACAUACCCAGCUCCUUCAAGCGCUCCUCAUAAGGCUGGGUUUCCAGACCAAGGCAACCUGGCUAUAAGGCAACUUCCUAAGAGGCCUGACUCUGCUCACAACAGGUUUGGGGGCCUUUCAGCCUGGUUUGCAACCUCCCACAUUGCAAACACUGUUAUCCCCGGGACAUUAUGUCCUACGGGUUGCUCUCGCACGCCUCUUUCCUGGGGAGGAACAACACAAGAUUCGCUUUCUUUGGCAUUUUGCAAGAGAGACACUGCUGGGUGUCUUACUGCUCCUCAGUGAGAAGUUGUGUUGCUCUGUUGAAGCCUAUGUUUUUGGGCGUGCUGUGCCUGCAGGAGACCGGAUGCAGGAAACAUGCAGCCUCUGAGAAAGCUGUGCAGGGUGGAGAAACCCGAUGAUGGAUGUGAGCCAUCAGGUGCCCGCUUGUUUUCUCCAGCCAGGUGGAAUGUGAGGGAGGUUUGAUCUGGGAAGCGCAGGCUGGCCCGCAGAAUCCGGCUGGGAAGAAAGAGCCUUGUCUUCCUGUUUGGGAUUAUCUCUCGCUUGAAGCAGGGUGUAGGUCGGGGUUUGUGGGGGUGGCAGGUGUGCGUCUCCACCCCCAUCGUUCAGCCCAGACACUGAGGUCCAGCUCCGAGGGCCUUCUGUAAUUCGCUCUACACGGGGCUGCCCUUGAAGCUGUCCCAAAAUCUCCAGCGGGUGCAGAAUGCUGCAGCGAGGCUCCUCACAGUGUCCUCAUGGGGUUUUUCCAGCUGCACUGGCUCCCAGUGGAGAACAGGGUCAGAUUUAAGGUGCUGUUUUUGACUUUUAAAGCCCUAUGCGGCCUUGGACCCUUGGACCUACGGGACCGCCUCUCCCGGUAUGCCCUAUGGAGGACCUUAAGUUUCCCUAAAUAGCAACACCCUAGAGGUCCCGGGCCCUAAGGAAGUCAGAUUAGCCUCAGGCAGAGCCAGGGCCUUUUCAACACUGGCCCCGGCCUGGUGGAACGCUCUGCCUCAUGAGACCAGGGCCCUGCAGGAUCUGAUUUAUUUCCGCAGGGCCUGCAAGACAGAGUUGUUCCGCCUGGCCUUUGGCUUGGAAUCCACUUGAUCCCCUUCCCCUCUUUUUCCUUUCUCCUUCUGUGAUGGAACCCCUAUUUGGGGACUUCCCUGGCUUUUCUGUCUUACAGGCCCUGCGGAAAGAAAUCAGAUCCUGCAGGGCCCUGGUCUCAUGAGGCAGCGCCCCAGAGGUGCACUCCAUUGUUUCUCGCUCGAGAGAUGGAUGCCAUCAAUGAGACACAACCCAGCAAGGCCACAUCCGGUGCCAUUUGAACCCAUUUCGUUGGGCUUCACUGGAGACUGGAUGGCCACCUGUCAGAGAUUCCUUCACUGUGAUUCCUGCAUUUCAGGGGGUUGGUCUAGAUGACCCUUGGGGUCCCUUCCAGCUCUACAAUCCUAUGAUCCAUCUCUGUGCACUGGUGCCCUCCCUUCUUCUUCAGGACAGGACAGGCUGUGCAGUUAACUAAGUAAGCAACAUAAGGAACCCAGGAUUUUCCUUGAACCAGAUUUGGCUGAUGAAGGCACACCUCUCUCGCCCUGACCUAGCCACUGUGAUCCACGCGACGGUCACCUCCAGGCUUGAUUAUUGUAACUCGCUCUACGUGGGGCUGCCCUUGAGACUGACCCAGAAACUCCAGCGGGUGCAGAAUGCCGCGGCGAGACUCCUUACGGGGUCCUUGCCGCGGGAUCACAUUCACCCGGUGCUAUACCAACUGCACUGGCUCCCGGUGGAGUACAGGAUCAGGUUCAAGGUGCUGGUUUUGACCUUUAAAGCUCUAUGCGGCCUAGGACCCUCGUACCUACGGGACCAUCUCUCCUGGUAUGCCCCGCGGAGGACCUUAUGGUCUUCAAACAAACAUCUUGGAGGUCCUGGGCCACAUAGCCUGGCCUCAACCAGAGCUAGGGCUUUUUCGGCCGUGGCCCUGAUCUGGUGGAAUGCUCUGUCACAAGAGAGUAGGGCCCUGCGGGAUUUGACAAGAUGGAGCUGUUCCACCAGGCAUUUGGCCAAGGCACAGUCUGACCUCCUCCUUUGGUGAUCCUCACAGAACUCUAGCCCAAUGGUUGCCAUUAAUUUGAUUUUAGAAUGAAUUGAUUUUAGAAUGCUGUAUUAUUUUACUGUUGUUAGCCGCUCUGAGCCCGGCUUCAGCUGGGGAGGGUGGGAUAUAAAUAAAAUUGUAUUAUUAUUAUUAUUAUUAAAGUUCCUUUGUAGCAUCCUGCUGCCUUCCAGAUGUUUGGGGCUAUAGCUCCCAUCGCCCCCAGCCAGCACAGCUUGGAGCAGCAGCUGAAAACAUCUGGUUGGGGAAGGCUACUCCGUUGAGUCUAAGAACAUAAGAAGAGGUUGCUGGAUGAGGCCAUCGGCCCAUCUAGUCCAGCAUCUCAUUCUCAGAGUGGCCAACCGUAGGAAACCCACAAGAGGGAUCCCAGCACAAUAGCAACUCUCCCUUCUUCCCACUGGAAUGGGAAGAAACUGGAAGAAAUCUCCAGCAACUGGGAUUCAGAAUCAUUGCUUCCUCUAGCCAUGGAGGCAGCGCAGAGCCAUCUAGCGAUUUGUGCUCUGCAAAACUGUGUCUUUCCAACCCCAAUUUCCUUGAGAUGCUUCUAAUUAUCAAGGGAUCCUGCCGUGCGCCGUGAAAGGAAGGCUGCUUUGGUGCGCAAGUUUUAAUGUGACAAGAUGAGUCAUCGGUUUGCAUGUUUACUCUCUGCAGCUACUGGCAAAACAGCUCGGCUCGCAUCUCUCCCUGCUGUUGCAGCGGCAGAAACAGGGUGCAGGUCCGCUCUCUUCACAGAAUUGGAUAAUUAGAUCAUUUCUGCAAUCUUUGCUGUGACUUCGGCUGCGUCAUCCGUGGCAGGUUGGAUGUGUUGUGAUCCCAGAAGUGCACAAGAUGUGCUCUUCCAGCCCCUCUGGAAUUGCCAGAUCUCUGUGGAGUAAUCAGUCACUCGGCUAAUUUUCUCUCGCUCGCUCUCCCCUUCCAUUUUCUCUUGCCAAAAUAUAUGGGGCCGGCUUUGCCGUUAUGCAAAUUGCACAUUUUGCUCAGUGAGGGGCACCUGAUGCUUUGUGCAAGGGGGUUGUGUUGCUUGCUAUCUUUUUAUUGUAAAGCUUUCUGCUUUGUUUUAUAAAGGGCAUAAAACAGAGAGAACAAUUAGAGCAACAGACAAAAAGCAAAAGGUUAAAAGCAAAUCCAUAAAAGAGGAGCGCAGGAUGAGUGCACACGGGUUAAAACAACUAGACUAUCAGCGCUGUCAGAUUAUCAGGUCUUGUUCUGGAUUUGCCAGGCCUUGUGACAAGGGCUGCCUCAAAAAUGACGGUUCCGCUGUGUGGGGCACAAAAGAUUCCCAAAUCAGAUAAAAGGCGCCUGGGGGUUUUAGUCCUUGUCGAAGCCUCAAAUUACGUUUUUAUGCUUUAUCGUGCAUUUUGCUCAGCUAGGGGUACCUGGUGCUUUGCGCCAGACAAGGCCAAGGGGAUUGUGUUGCUGAGCAGUUCUUUGUAUUCCUGUCUGCACCUGGAAGAGCCAUCAAGAGAUGCUCAGGUGGCCUUUUCUGGAGGGUGGAAGGGAUUUGUUUUCGAGGCCAAUGGCUGACUGUUUGGAUCUAGGGAGGAGGGGGCACAGUCAGAUUUGGGAAGGCAAACUCCCAAGAUACUGUUAUACUCACAGAGCUAAAAACUGGCAGUGAUAUACCUCCUUUUUGGGAGUUCAGGUCAAAGUUGUUGAGUUUUUGUUAGGAAGGAAAGCCCCAUUUUUUAGGGGUGCAGGGAAAAGUUGUUGAGCUAAAAAAAGUUGUUUUUUUAGGGGAGCCAAAGUUGUGGACCCCUUCAUGGAUCACUGCCUUGCCGUGGCGAAGGGGCUUGAAGAACUCAGAGAAGCUAUGAACUAUGCCGAGCAGGGCCACCCAAGAUGAACAGGUCAUAGUGGGGAGUUUUGACCAAACGUGAUCCGCCUGGAGGAGGAACCGGCAAGCCACUCCAGUAUCCCUGCCAAGAAAACUCCAUGGAAAAAGACAACAGGCAUAUAAAAGUUAUGACACUGGAAGAUGAGCCCCUCAGGUCAGAAGACGUCCAACAUGCUACUGGGGAAGAGCAGAGGACAAGUACAAGUAGAUCCAGAGCUGAUGAAGCGGCUGGGCUAAAGCCGAAAGGACGUUCAGUUGCAGAUAUGCCUGGAAGCGAAAGGAAAGUCCAAUGCUGUAAAGAAAAAUAUUGCAUAGGAACCUGGAAUGUAAGAACCAUGAACCUGGGUAAGUUGGAUGUGGUCAAAAAUGAGAUGGCAAGAAUAAAUAUUGACAUCCUGGCAUCAGUGAACUAAAAUGGACGGGAAUGGGCGAAUUCAGUUCGGAUGACCAUCAUAUCUACUACUGUGGGCAAGAAACCAGCAAAAGAAAUGGAGUGGCCCUCAUAGUCAACAAAAGAGUGGCGAAAGCAGUACUGGGAUGCAAUCUCAAAAAUGAUAGAAUGAUCUCGAUACGAAUCCAAGGCAGACCUUUUAACAUAACAGUAAUCCAAGUUUAUGCACCAACUACUGGUACUGAAGAAACUGAAAUUGACCAGUUCUAUGAAGACUUACAACACCUUAUAGAAGUGACACCAAAGAAGGAUGUUCUUCUCAUUAUAGGGGAUUGGAAUGCUAAAGUAGGGAAUCAAGAGAUAAAAGGAACAACUGGCAAGUUUGGCCUUGGAGAGCAAAAUGAAGCAGGGCAAAAGCUAAUAGAGUUCUGUCAAGAGAACAAGCUGGUCAUCACAAACACACUUUUCCAACAACACAAGAGACGACUCUACACGUGGACAUCACCAGAUGGGCAGCAUCAAAAUCAGAUUGAUUAUAUUCUCUGCAGCCAAAGAUUGAGAAGCUCAAUACAGUCAGCAAAAACAAGACCUGGAGCUGACUGUGGCUCAGAUCAUCAGCUUCUUAUAGCAAAAUUCAAGCUUAAACUGAAGAAAGUAGGAAAAACCACUGGGUCGGUAAGAUACAAUCUAAAUCAAAUCCCUUAUGAAUACACAGUGGAAGUGAGGAACAGGUUUAAGGAUUUAGAUUUGCUAGACAGAGUGCCUGAAGAACUAUGGCUGGAGGCUCGCAACAUUAUACAGGAGGCAGCAACAAAAACCAUCCCAAUGAAAAGGAAAUUCAAGAAAGCAAAGUGGCUGUCCAACGAGGCCUUACAAAUAGCGGGGGAGAGAAGACAAGCAAAAUGCAAGGGAGAUAGAGAAAGAUACAGGAAAUUGAAUGCAGAUUUCCAAAAAAUAGCAAGGAGAGAUAAGAAGGUCUUCUUAAACGAGCAAUGCAAAGAAAUAGAGGAAAACAAUAGAAUGGGAAGAACCAGAGAUCUGUUCAAGAAAAUUGGAGAUAUGAAAGGAACAUUUCGUUCAAAGAUUGCCAUAAUAAAGGACAAAAGUGGUAAGGACCUAACAGAAGCAGAAGACAUCAAGAAGAGGUGGCAAGAAUACACAGAGGAAUUAUACCAGAAAGAUAUGGAUGGCUGGUACACCCCAGGUAGUGGGGUUGCUGACCUUGAGCCAGACAUCCUGGAGAGUGAAGUCAAAUGGGCCUUAGAAAGCACUGCAGAUAACAAGGCCAGUGGAAGUGAUGGUAUUCCAGCUGAACUAUUUAAAAUUUUAAAAGAUGAUGCUGUGAAGGUGCUACACUCAAUAUGCCAGCAAAUUUGGAAAACUCAGCAGUGGCCAGAGGAUUGGAGAAGAUCAGUCUACAUUCCAAUCCCAAAGAAGGGCAGUGCUAAAGAAUGCUCCAACUACCGCACAGUUGCACUCAUUUCACACGCUAGCAAGGUUAUGCUUAAAAUUCUACAAGGAAGGCUCAGGGCAGUAUGUGGACCAAGAACUCCCAGAAGUGCAAGCUGGAUUUAGAAGAGGCAGAGGAACCAGAGACCAAAUUGCAAACAUGCGCUGGAUUAUGGAGAAAGCUAGAGAGUUCCAGAAAGACAUCUACUUCUGCUUCAUUGACUAUGCAAAAGCCUUUGACUGUGUCGACCACAGCAAACUAUGGCAAGUUCUUAAAGAAAUGGGAGUGCCUGAUCACCUCAUCUGUCUCCUGAGAAAUCUCUAUGUGGGACAAGAAGCUACAGUUAGAACUGGAUAUGGAACAACUGAUUGGUUCAAAAUUGGGAAAGGAGUACGACAAGGCUGUAUAUUGUCUCCCUGCUUAUUUAACUUAUAUGCAGAAUUCAUCAUGCGAAAGGCUGGGCUGGAUGAAUCCGUAGCCGGAAUUAAGAUUGCUGGAAGAAAUAUAAACAACCUCAGAUAUGCAGAUGACACAACCUUGAUGGCAGAAAGUGAGGAGGAAUUAAAGAACCUUUUAUUGAGGGUAAAAGAGGAGAGCGCAGAAUAUGGUCUGAAGCUCAACAUUAAAAAAACGAAGAUCAUGGCCACUGGUCCCAUCACCUCCUGGCAAAUAGAAGGAGAAGAAUUGGAGGCAGUGAGAGAUUUUACUUUCUUGGGCUCCAUGAUCACUGCAGAUGGUGACAGGAGCCACGAAAUUAAGAGACGCCUGCUUCUUGGGAGGAAAGCAAUGACAAACCUAGACAGCAUCUUAAAAAGUAGAGACAUCACCUUGCCAACAAAGGUCCGUAUAGUAAAAGCUAUGGUUUUCCCAGUAGUGAUGUAUGGAAGUGAGAGCUGGACCAUAAAGAAGGCUGAUCGCCGAAGAAUUGAUGCUUUUGAAUUCUGGUGCUGGAGGAGACUCUUGAGAGUCCCAUGGACUGCAAGAAGAUCAAACCUCUCCAUUCUGAAGGGAAUCAGCCCUGAGUGCUCACUGGAAGGACAGAUCGUGAAGCUGAGGCUCCAAUACUUUGGCCACCUCAUGAGAAGAGAAGACUCCCUGGAAAAGACCCUGAUGUUGGGAAAGAUGGAGGGCACAAGGAGAAGGGGACGACAGAGGACGAGAUGGUUGGAUAGUGUCUUCGAAGCUACAAACAUGAGUCUGACCAAACUGCGGGAGGCAGUGGAAGACAGAAGUGCCUGGCAUGCUCUGGUCCAUGGGGUCACGAAGAGUCGGACACGACUAAACGACUAAACAACAACAAAAAGUUGUGGAGCUUCUUUGGGGGAGCCAGUGAUCUACCGCAGACGUCCAGUGAUCUGCCGGUAGAUAGAUGCCUGCUAUACAUCGUCCUUUAAGGGUGUAAAAGGGGACGCGAGUGGCGCUGUGGGUUAAACCACAGAGCCUAGGACUUGCUGAUCAGGUCGGCGGUUCAAAUCCCUGCGACAGGGUGAGCUCCCAUUGCUCGGUCCCUGCUCCUGCCAACCUAGCAGUUCGAAAGCAUGUCAAAGUGCAAGUAGAUAAAUAGGUACCACUCCGGCGGGAAGGUAAACGGCAUUUCCGUGUGCUGCUCUGGUUUGCCAGAAGCGGCUUAGUCCUGCUGGCCACAUGACCCGGAAGCUGUACACCGGCUCCCUCGGCCAGUAAAGCGAGGUGAGCUCCACAACCCCAGAGUCAUCCGCGACUGGACCUAAUGGUCAGGGGUCCCUUUACCUAAGGGUGUAAAGCUGCCCUUGCCAUCCCGGUGCCCUCCUGAUGUUGUUGAACUACAACUCCCAUCAGCCCCAGCCAGUAUAGACUCAAUGUUUUCUUCUGAACGUAUUUCUUCCAGCCUCUGGUUGUGAUCACCUCUAUUUUGUGUUCUUUGUGCCUUCGUUUUUUCAGUCUUUGCCUCCACCUUUAAACAAACCGAAUGAAUGAUUCAGCUGUUGGGGCCUUGCCUUGUUUUCACGCGCAAAAACACACACAGUCCCAGUGUGGCAAAGCAGAACCCAUCUGCCUUCUGAUUCAGUGCAUCUUUUAAAAUAUGUACUUGAAGCCGCCCAGAGUGGCUGGGGAAACCCAGUCAGAUGGGCAAGGUUAUAGGUAAUAAAGUUACUAUUAUUCUGUGUAACUCACGAAGGGGUGAGGAAUUUGAUUCAAUUUGCGUGGAAAGGUGGGCCUUACAUAAUCAGCUCUUCACAAAACAAGAUGCAAGGUGCGACCCUCCUUCGAAACUUUUGCAUCUCUCAACGUUGCAAUACACUUCUCUGGCCAAGUCAUGUUGAGUAUAUGAGUGGAAAGGGCAGAUAUCGGAAUCUGGUUCCCUUCUGGGGUCUUCUUUUUAGAAAGAAUAAUAAUAAUUUUAUCAUUUAUAACCCGCCCAUCUAACUGGGUUGCCCCAUCCACUCUGGGCGGUUUCCAAAACAUAUAAAAACAUUAUAAGGCAUUAAACAUUUUCUUUUUAAAAACCCCUUCCCUAUACAGGAAGCAAGCAGCAAUGUCUGCAAGGGACCCCAUGAAAGUGUAACAUGAUAAAAGAUUAGAUCAAUGUAUAUUAGUGUUGCCAUAUUUCAAGAAGCGAAAAUCCGGACACAAAACUUGUUGGGUUUGGGGGUUUAGGGUUGUUAUUUUUUUUUGCAAAAUAGUUUUUUAGCUACUUUUCAGAAAUUCACCCCAAAAAUCAACACUUUCGAUAUGAGCUGCCACACUCCCAGUUUCUCCCCCCCCCCCGAUAUUUUAAUUAACUUCCGAAAAUUCCGCCCGGAUGCCAGCUAUGUCCUGAAAAUCCUGAUUGGAUUGCAGCCCUAACCUAUAUGCCGAUUCCCGCUUUGCUUAUUUCCCAAUUACCCCCUAGAAAAACGAGUGGACGUCUUGCGCUGGGAGAAUGCAUUCAUUGAGAAAACAGGAGAAGCUUCCAUUUGUGGAGGUUUGUCUUCAGUCGUGACUCAAACGGGGUAGAAGGAUUCAAGAUCGUGAAGCCUUCUGGCUUCUAUGCAAUGAGUCUGUCUGGUGGAUCCUGUCCAGGAACUCCUGAGUUUGUUUUUAUAUUUAGCCUCGGAGGGUGACUAAUGAUACGCUACAUGGAAGAGGAUUGUGAUGACAGGAAAUUUGGCGGCAUGUUGAGAUGCACCCAGCAGCUCACAGCCGCUAAACACAGCCUCCCCUCCCAGGCUUCUCAUUCCCUGAAAGAGUUGCUGCCAGAGGGGUGCUCAGAGAAGCCUUCGCCAACCUGGUGCCCUCCAGGCGUUUGAAGAACAUAAGAGGGGUCUCCUGGAUCCGGCCGGUGGGCCGUGUAGUCCAGGAUCCUGUUCUCACUGUGGCUGAGCGCUUGCCCCGGUGGGAAACCCGCAAGCAGGACUCGAACCCAGAGCGCUGUCUCCUCCUUUGGUUUCAGAAGCAUUGCCGCCUUGGACUGUGGAUGGCAAAGCAUGGCUAGGAGCCGUGAGUAGCCAUCCCUUCCAAGAAUGUGUCUGAGCCACUUUUGAAACCAUCCAAGUCGGACACUCUUGAGAGUCCCAUGGGCUGCAAGAAGAUCAAACCUAUCCAUUCUUAAGGAAGUCAGCCCUGACUGCUCACUGGAAGGACAGAUCCUGAAGCUGAGGCUCCAAGACUUUGGUCACCUCAUGAGAAGAGAAGACUCCCUGGAAAAGACCCUGAUGUUGGGAAAGAUGGAGGGCACAAGGAGAAGGGGACGACAGAGGACGAGAUGGUGGGACAGUGUUCUCAAAGCUACAAACAUGACACUUCCGGGGUGGCGCCUCCGGAAAAUGGCGGAAUUCCCUUCGAACUGAAGGGAACCCGCUGCACGGAGGCUUGGGUCCUGCCGCUACGGCGCAGCGGGGACCCUUAAAAACCACAGGCGGAAGAAGCCUGUGGACGUGGGACUCGGCGGGCACCGAGAGCGCUCUCUCCCUUGUACAGGAGCCCGGUAACGGGCUCCGGAGUGGGAGGUGCGUGGUGCUGUGAGUCGACUGCUUCCUCCGUGCAGCAAAGCCGCACUGCCAUUUUCGGAGAGCGCUGCCUUUUUCCUGGACAAUUUGGCAUCUAAAACAUCUAUCCGUGAGUACCUGAUCCUGGAAGAGCUGAACUACUUUUAAGAUUGGUGAAUAAAUAAAUAAUAUUGGACUUGAACUUGAAAUUGAACUUAAUUGGGACUCGGAACGGAAAGGUCUAAACAGGAAGUCGCCUUCCGUUCUUUUGUUACGUGAAGAAAGCAAAGACAAAUUAUACUAAAGCUUGAAAAUUAAAUUCUGAAAGAACUAAAAUUCAACAUCUAAGAUUUCUGAACCCCCCCUUUGACUGCAGGAGAAGAAGGGGGCUGUUUUGGUUUUUCCAACCCUGCGGAAGUGAGUUUAAAACAAAGUAAUUUUCCACCUCCCUGAACCAGGAGCGGGCUGUCAGAACUGACGAUUUGAAGCUUAUCCAGCUUGACAGAUAGUUAAAAGAAGUGUAACAUUUUGAUUCUACUGUUGCCUCUUGAAUUUGGAAGGGGGAAUUUUAGAUAAAGUGUUUUUGGAAAAAGAAAGAUUGUUGCUGUUGUUUUUCCCCCUUUAAAAAAAAAAAGGGGGGGGGGUUUCCAUCUAGUGGAACUGAGUGAAAUUGCAAUGCAGAGAGUUUAAAAGAGAAGGAUUAUUCUCGUGGGAAAGAAUUUUCUUUGACCUUGAAGGACAAUGCUUGUACAAAGGCUUGAACAAGUGUUCCUGGAAGGUUUUGCAAAAUUAAGUGCCCAGCUGGACCAGAUGCGUCAGGAGUCUAUCUUGAUGAUGGAAGUUACCAGAGCACAGCAGCAAACAAAUGAAAUUCAGUUAAAGUCUAUACAAGUAUAUGAACCUGCUGUAGCGACGGAGACUUCAGAGAUGGAGGGACCUUUGGAUGGGCAAGAUCAGCUUUUGAAUUUGAUAAAUGAACUUGAGACAAACCUGACUCGGAAAGAUGAAAUGUGGUCAGAUUUGGAAAUGGGGGGAUGGAUUGACACCCCUCUAUAUGGUUAUUUGGACUUUCCGAGUCUAGUGAUGGGCCAUCAGAGGAUUGGAGUAGUUGAAGUCUCCAAGCUUUGUGGAAAUUGGAAGUGGUAUUAUCUGCUGUCUGGCUUGGGUAAUGGGUUUGGGAUGGACUUGUUGCAAAGAGUCAAAAGCAUUUUUUUGCUGGAGUAUCCACGACUGAAAGGGAAAUAUCAACAAGAGUGGCGAAAGGGGCAAGAAAGAGACUUGAGGGCCUCGGAUACGAGACAACCAGGUUAAGGAGCCGGACUAUUGAGGUUAAAAGGACUGACAAUCCCGGGUCCAGGGGAGGGGAGGCUGGAAGUUGACUGGACUGAAUCUGAUUUACUAUUUUUUCUUUUUUAUUUUCUAAUAUUGGGAAUGUUUAUAAAUGUCUGAAGGAUGUUGAAUGAAAUUAUAUGGCUUAAGUAAGGAUUGGUAAAGGAUUUGUAAAAAGGUAAUGAUUUAAGAAUUUGCUAAAUAUUGAAUAUAAGCUUUGAGCUUUAAAGUUUUUAUAUGACAAGAGGGAAAAUAGAAUAAGGAAACGUAAUGAUAGAUUGUUAUGAAAAAACAGAAAGGAUUUGCUGUAAAAAUUAAAUACUAAGAAACAAGAGGGGGGAGGAGGAGGAAGUCUAGAAAGGAAGUUAAUGGAGAUCGUAAAGGAUUUUAUAUUUCUGUUUUUCUUUUUUUCUUUUUUUCUUUUCUGCGGCUGGUUUUUUUUUCUUUUUUUUUUCUUCUUUAAUAUUUGUAUUAUUUUCGGGGUUUUUUUCUGUAUUUUCAAACCUUUUUGGAUAUUUUUGUUGUUACUUUUUGAAAAUUUAAUAAAUAUCAAUUAUAAAAAAAAAACAAAAAAAAACAAAGCUACAAACAUGAGUCUGACCAAGCUGCGGGAGGCAGUGGAAGACAGGAGGGCCUGGCGUGCUCUGGUCCAGGGGGUCAUGAAGAGUCGGACACAACUAAAUGACUAAACAACAACAAAGUCAGCGCCCAUCAAUGCCUCCUGUGGCAGCAAGUUCCACGGUUUAGCUGUAUGCAGCGUAAAGAAGCUGGCAUCUGUCUGCCUCGACACAAUGGGUGAAGUCACAGAGGCAACCUCCCGGGGGGGGACAAGUCUGGGCAGUGUGCCUCUUUUUUCUGAAAGGGGGAGCAAGCAAGACCCCCCUCCGACUCCUAAACUCAAACUGCUGGGGGUGGGACUAGAAUAGAUGCCCCCUCUGGCCCCUUCCACCUCUACUAUGCAGUGAUUCAAACAUUGCUGCUCCUUUUAUCUCUUUGCAGUUUUCCUUGGCUGCCUCCCCCCCACCCUGUGGCUUCUUGCAGCAGGAAAACAAAGCGCAUGCAUUUCCACCCCGUCUGCCGGGCCGGCAAGAGAUGGAUUAAGGGUGCGCCGUACAUUUCACCUGCCACACAGGGCUACAUCUGAUUGGCACAGAGAGGCAGCCCUCUGGCAUUUGAGUCAAGGCAUUGAUCUUCUGCAGAGUGUUCCGGACGUGCCAGGAAUACUUUUCUCGGUGAUGCGCUGCCCUUUUCAGAAGGCUGGCUUGCAGCAGGCGGCAACGCCUUUCUCCAUCCACCCCCACCCCCAUUUUGGAGAUGGCGCAAGGCUGUAGUUGGGCACCCCUCCUGGUGGCAACAGCUCCGAGGCUGGGGAGGGUCCUUCUGGCCUGCCAAGCAAGGGAUCGAGAUGCGCCGAUGGGGCACCCCGUAAAUGUCCUUUGCGAUACGUACAUUCUCCUCCGCAGGCACCCCAUCCGUCCUGACGAUGGGCAUGUUCCUGUAAUUACGGCUUGCGACAGUCAGUAGUGUGAUGCAGCAGAAAAAGUCUACUGCGAAUAAAGGCUGCGUCCGCAGAAGUCUCGCAGAAGUCUAGUGUCCAGAUUAAAGGAAGCAAUAGUUCCUCUCUGUAUUCUGACUCUAUUCUGGGGUACCGUGUCCAGUUCUGAGUGCCACCGUUUAAGGAGGAUAUUGACUGUUAAGUCAAUACAGUGGCUGCUUGGGUUGCGAGUAUAAUCCGUGCAGGAAGCAUGUUCAUAACCUGCAGCAUUUGCAACCCGCAAAGUCUGCAAGUGCGGGUUGCGAUUUGGCGCUUCUGCACAUGCACAAAGUACGACUUUUUUCAAUGCGUGAGCAUCAAAACCCAGAAGUAACCUGUUCCGGUACUUCCGGGUUUCGGCGCGUCUGUAACACGAAAACGCGCAACCUGAAGCGUCUGUAACCCGAGGUAUGACUGUAUUAGCCAAAAUGCUGUGCUACUGAAUUUGUUACGCAAACUGCGAAUACUCUGCAGGAUCCCUAAGCGUGCUAAUGCCUUUUGGCAUCAGUUGCUGUGAUGUUCAGGCAGAAGAAAGCUUUUGAUGCUCCCAAACGAUCGACCAGGAGGGAGAGAACAUGCCAGCUGGGCAUGUGUCUCUGCCAGGGUCCUACACGAGAGUAGGACGCUCCUAACAUUGACAAGCUGUGCAGAGGAGGGCAACCAAGAUGAUAAAGGGCAGACUUCUGGGCUGGGGUGUUUUGUUUCAUAGAAUCACCAAGUUGGAAGGGACCACCAGAGUCAUCUAGUCCAACCCCCCCACAAUGAAGGAAUCUCAGCUAAAGCGUCCGUGACACAUGGCCACCCAACCUCUGCUUAAAAACCUCCAAGCAAGGAGAGUUCGUGCGCUGUCUUUAUUUUAGAUCUUGCUGUGAUGGAUGUGGAAGGUGUUGAGGUUGGUUGUGUGCUUUUAUUUUUUAUUUACUUACAUUGCAGUUGUGUAUUUUUUCCCCAUGUUUGCGACUCAACAGCAGGAAGAACUUUCUGACAGUAAGAGAUGUUUGACAGUGGAACGGACUCCCUUGGAAGGUGGUGGACUCUCCUUCGUUGGGGGGUUUUAAACAGAAGUUGGGUGGCCCUUUUUCAUGGAUGCUCAAGCUGAGAUUCCUGCAUUGCAGGGGGUUGGACCAGAUGAUGAUGAUGAUAAUAAUAAUAAUAAUAAUAAUAAUAAUAAUAAUAAUAAUAAUAAUAAUUUUAUUUAUACCCCACCCUCCCCAGCCAGAGCCGGGCUGAGGGCGGCUAACACCAGUAAAAUUACUAUAAAAACAUAAUAGAGAAAAAACACCCAAUUUAAAAUACAGGUUAAAAUGCAAUUUAAAAUGCAGCCUCAUUUUAAAAGUAGCCCAUAGAUGAAAACCAUAAGGGGAGGGAAACAGAAGGGUCAGACUGAGUCCAAACCAAAGGCCAGGCGGAACAGCUCUGUCUUGCAGGCCCUGCGGAAAGAUGUCAAGACCCGCAGGGCCCUGGUCUCUUGUAACAGAGCGUUCCACCAAGUUGGGGCCAGUACUGAAAAGGCCCUGGCGCUAGUUGAGACCAAUCUAACCACCUUGCUACCUGGGACCUCCAAAGUGUUGCCAUUUGUGGACCUUAAGGUCCUCCACGGGACAUAACAGGAGAGGCGGUCCCGUAGGUAUGAGGGUCCUAGGCCGCAUAGGGUUUUAAAGGUCAAAACCAGCACCUUAAACCUGACCCUGUACUCCACCGGGAGCCAGUGCAGUUGGUAUAGCACCGGGUGAAUGUGAUCCCUUCCAACUCUGGAAUGCUAUGCAUUCCCGUCAUCCAGGUUCCCUGGCCUGGAAGAUGGGGGCUGGUGUGAGUUGGCGGCUGCAGGACCCCCGUUACCAUUUAUAUUCCCCUGGCAAGGGGGUCUUAUACCCUAUGAGUGCAAGGUUUAGCACACAGGAGGAGAGUAGAAGGCUUGAAGGGGACGAAGGAACUGCUCUCUUUGAGCGUAGGGGUAAAUUGAAUAGCUGGUAGCUGCCCAAAGGCAAUUAAUCCCAAUAUAAAAAAUUCCCUGGACUUUUUAACAUGCCAGUAGGAAAAGCUAGGAUUGGUUUAUUAAAAAACCCACAUCGUAUAAGGUGUAAUAACCAUUAUGGUGAGAUCCUUCUCUCUACCAAAGACCUCUAUAUUCCAAACCUCAGGUACCUAUUGAAAGCUUGCCUCUAUAUUUAGGCAAACCCCUUGCCCCGCUCCCCAAAUUAAUGUGUUCUUUAAUGGCUUAUAGUUUUAAGUACACCCCUCCAGCUUUGCCGAUUUAACACGUAGGAGGCGAGUCAUUUGUGAAAAAUUUCAAAGCGCUGUUCCCACGCCCAGCGAGUCCCGUCAUUGUUCAGGUGCGGAAAUUAGGCAUUUUUCCUGAUCGUUGGAAACCUUCCCCCCACCCCUUGAAUGCACCAAAUUAUUACGCCCCUCCCCAGAUGAAUGACUGUGUUUAUCUUCCUCUGAGUCAAGCGAAAUUAUUACCGGUGACAAAAAAAUAAAAAAGGUUUUGCUCUGCUGAAAAGCUUGAGGGGUGUGUGUGUCAUUUUUUUUUUUUUGUAUUUCUGGAGGGGUUUUUUUUUGGGGGGGGGGGCUUAAUUCCCAAUCAUGCCCCCCUCCCCGCCUAUGUGGAGCGAGUGCUUGAAUUAGCAAGCAUAUUUUAUAAAAAGUGUUCGACAGCUUUUUAGGAAAGGCACCUGGCAUUGCACCUGUAUCAGCUAGAAGAGGCUCCCCCCUUUCUCUCUCUGAAGAAGCGGGGUCUGUAAUUUGGGGGGGUCGGAUCUGCCACUUUGGAUCUGCCGCUUUGACCAGAGCGCUGUAGCAUCAGUUAAGAGUGCCAGAUGAGGACCUGGGAAGAGACUCGGGUUCGAAUUCUGACGUGAAGCUUGCUGGGUGUGAGCUCUGGCCCUGCCUCUCUGAGCCUCACCUACCUCCCAGGGUGGUUGUGUGGAUUAAGUGAGGAGGGGGGAGAUCCAUGUUUAAACUAUUGUUUAAUGUUUCAUUGUGUUUUCAUAUAUGUUUAGGUAAGCUUUUAAUGUUUGAUGCAUUACUGUAUUUUAAUAUUUUGUUGGAAGCCGCCCAGAGUGGCUGGGGAAGCCCAGCCAGAUGGGCGGGGUAUAAAUAAAUUAUGAUGAUGAUGAUGAUGAUGAUGAUGUUGGAAGCUGCCCAGAGUGGCUGGGGCAGCCCAGUCAGAUGGGUGGGGUACAAAUACAGAUGUACCUUAGUUUUCGAGCAGCUUAGUUCUCAAACGUUUUGGCUCUCGAACGUUGCAACCUGGAAGUGACAUUUCAAGUUUGUGAACUAUUUUUGGAAGCCGAACGUCCGACGGGGCUUCUGAUUGGCUGCAGGAGGUUCCUGCAGCCAAUCAUAAACCGUGCUUUGGUUUCCAAACAUUUUGGAAGUUGAACGGCCUUCCGGAACGGAUUCCGUUUGACUUCCGAGGUACGACUGUAAUAAAAUUAUUGGUGUUAUCAUCAUCAUUAUUAUAAUUAUGCAUGACAACAUGAGCUCCUUGGAGGAAAGGGGUACAAUAUAAAUCCGUGGUUCGCAAGGUGGGGCACAUGCCCUACAGGGGGGCAAUUAUUUUUAAGGGGGGGCAAUUCGAGAAUGAAUUAUUAACAGAGAAUGGCUCUUUCUUUUCUAUUUUACUAUUCCCCAGUAUUCCUGAGCUAAGCAUUUCUCAAUUGACUUCUAUCUUAACCUGAAAUACAUCAGAAAUAACCUUUAUAAUCUUUUUCCAAUAUUCCUUUACACACAUACACUCCCACCACAUAUGUGCAUAUACCCCCAACUCUUGACCACAAUGCCAAUACUUAGGACUCAAUCCUUUAACUAUAUAUGCCACUUGCGCCUGGGUUCUAUACCUGCGUGCUUCCUUUCUGACAUUGCGGUACCACUGCAGUUUUUUGCCUGAAGCAAAAUCAAAGCUGUCGCCUAGUCCCAGGGCAUGUGCAGAGUUGCAGCUGAGCUGAGCUUCUGCGUAACAGUGGCAGGGAGUUCCCCGGGUUAAUGACCUGCCGUGUCAAGGAAAUGCUUCCCUCUGCCUCUUGGUCUGCCGUUUCUGUGAUCCUUGCGGGGGUGUUGUAUGAUGACGCCUGCCACUCUUGUCUCCCCUCUGCCGCUCAGGUUACAACAUCAAAUGCGAGUACACCGCCCACAAAGAAGGGGUCCUCCGGGAGGAGAUGGUGCUGCAAAGCCAGACCAAUGACAAAGUCUCCAUCAAGGUGGUCGUGCAAGCCAGGGUGAUGGGUAAGUGUCCCCGUUCCUUAAGCCUACAUUUUUUGGGGGGGCUGUGGAAGCCGUUGGAGGACCUGAAGACUCCCACCACUUUUCCACAAAAGAGAAAGUCCUCCAUUGGCUCCCAGUACGUUUCUGAGCACAAUUCAAAGUGUUGGUGCUGACCUUUAAAGCCCUAAAUGGCCUCAGUCCUGUAUACCCGAAGGAGCGUCUCCACCUCCAUCGUUCAGCCCGGACACUGAGGUCCAGCUCCGAGGGCCUUCUGGUGGUUCCCUUGCUGCGAGAAGUGAGGUUACAGGGAACCAGGCAGAGGGCCUUCUCGGUGGUGGCGCCCGCCCUGUGGAACGCCGUCCCACCAGAUGUCAAAGAGAUAUAAACAACUAUAUGACAUUUAGAAGACAUCUGAAGGCAGCCCUGUUCAGGGAAGUUUUUAAUGUGUGACAUUUUAAUGUAUUUUUAAUCUUCGUUGGAAGCCACCCAGAGUGGCUGGGGAAACCCAGUCGGAUGGGCGGGGUACAAAUAAUAAAUUACUAUUACUUACUAUUACUCCUUCACGCAUAACAUAGUUAAACUGUGGAACUCCCUGCCUCAGGAAACAACGGUGGCCGCCAACUUUGAAAGGAGGCAGGGCAAAUUCAUGGAGGAGAGAGGCUGUCCAUUGCUGGCGGUCAGGAUGGCUAUGCUCUAGAGGCAGUAAUGUGUCAUGGACUGGUUGGACAACAGGAGUGGGGGGGGGGACACCAGCUAGGGAACCCCCAAGGGAACUCCCAGGGGAAGAAGGCUCAGAGCCAGGGGAGUGGUGAUGGGACGAUGACAAGUGGUCAGAGGGAGAAGACUGGGAAGAGGGGAUUGUCGGAAGAUGAAGAGGUAACAGGGCUCCGUGAGCGGGGAGAGUCGGUGGCAGAGAGCAGUCCAGACUCAGUGGCAGAAGAUGAAGCAGGAGAGGAGGGAGACCAAGAGGCAGUCUGGCUGAGGAAGACUCAUGGGUAUCUCACCCUCCUGCUGAGAUAAGCUCCCAUCUCCCAGGACCAGAAGAGGCAUGAAAAGGGUGGAGGAGAGGUUUAGCUACAGGUAGGCACAGUCUCCGAUUGCCUGGGGGAAACCCUGGAGAGGAGGGGACUUAGGCAGCUGUGGGGAAUCAGGGACCUUUAGUCUCAGCAACUGCUUCAUGGGGGCAGACCUGCCAGAGAUGAGUUGCUGUGCUCAUUAGGCCUGACUCUCCUGUGCAGAUCCUUCUUUCGCUAAUAAAGAAUCGGCUCCAAAUGGCCUGGUGUGAUUGAGCUCACUCCUUUCACAGUGCUUCUGAGUCCCACUUGCUGGAAACCGCAGGAGGGGAGAGUUGCUCUUGUGUUCGAAUCCUGCUUGCGGGUUUCCCAUCUGUUUGGCCAUUAUGAGAAGAGGUUGCUGGACUAGGUGGGCCAUUGGCCUGAUCCAGCAACCAGCUCUUCUUAUGUUCCUGGUUAAGUGUCCCCUUUCCCACAAUCCAUCCUGAGCUUUGCACAUCCCUGGAUUACCAACUUUUCUGGGACCCUUCAGCUGUGAAUCCCGCAUUGCAGGGGGUUGGACUGGAUGACCCUUUGGGUCCCUUGCAGCUCUGCAGUUCUGUGAUUCUGUGACUUUUUUGUGGUACAAAAUCAUAGCAAUUUUGUGGUGCGAAAAUUCAGCUCUUCGGCUGUGCACAGACAGUCCUGCUAUCUGCUUGGACUACUUCAAUGUGCUCUAUGUGGGGCUCCCUUUGAAGGUGACCUGGAAAUUACAACUAAUCCAGAAUGCGGCUGCUAGACUGGUGACUGGGAGCAGCCGCUGAGACCACAUAACACUGGUCUUGAAAGACCUACAUUGGCUCCCAGUAUGUUUCCGAGCACAAUUCAAAGUGUUAGUGCUGACCUUUGAAGCCCUAAAUGGCCUUGGUCCUGUAUACCUGAAGGAGCGUCUCCACCCCCAUCGUUCUGCCCAGACGCUGAGGUCCAGCGCCGAGGGCCUUCUGGCGGUACCCUUGCUGCGAGAAGCCAAGUUACAGGGAACCAGGCAGAGGGCCUUCUCGGUGGUGGCGCCCGCCCUGUGGAACACCCUCCCACCAGAUGUCAAAGAGAACAACAACUACCAGACUUUUAGAAGACAUCUGAAGGCAGCCCUGUUUAGGGAAGCUUUUAAUGUUUAACAGACCACUGAAUUUUAAUACUUUGUUGGAAGCUGCCCAGAGUGGCUGGGGAAACCCAGCCAGAUGGGCAGGGUAUAAAUAAUAAAUUCUAUUCUAUUCUAUUCUGCUGUGAUGUUGCACGGGAUCCUUAGGCAUCCUCUCGCAGCAAGUGUCAGUGGGUCAGCCCUGGCUCCCCCCCCCCAUUUCAGCGCAUAAAUCUCCUGUUGAACUGCACCACCCACUGGCCGGUUGCCCCUGGGCUAUGACACCUUUCGGCAUCUGAGCCCAUAUAUCCCCGAAUUAAUAUCCUCUGGCGCAGAGCCUCCACUGCUCAGGAAAUUAAACUCGCUUGCUGUGUGUUGGAAUAUUUAUCUCUCGGGUUAAUGAGUGUUUGCUGGAGGCGGGGGUGUCAGCGAUAAGGACCCUGAACGCUGCUCUCCAUCCCUUGACUGCAGGAGAUCAAAGCAAAGAUUGCAGAGGGCGAAAUGACUGGCACCGUUUUUAAUAAGCGCAGGAAAGGAGAUGAAAUAACAAAAGGGAAUUGGGUUUCAUGAUGGCUAUAACUGCCCCCUCGAGGUGGGGGCAUGAAGUUAUUUCCCAGCUACCCAUAAUAACAUUUCUUUUACAAAAGGCAUGAAAGUUAGUUCUGCCUACCGACGAUUUUUGAAGACCCUUUAUAAUAAUGAUAAUAAUAAUAAUUUAUUAUUUAUACCCCGCCCAUCUGGCUGGGCUUCCCCAGCCACUCUGGGCAGCUUCCAACAAAAUAUUAAAAUACCGUAAUACAUCAAACAUUAAAAGCUUCCCUAAACCCUUCCCUGUGCAGCUUGGCUCGCUUGCGCGAGUCGCCUCAACAGUUUCCUCUCUGCUUUCUGGCUGCCGCUGCCUUGCAUAACGGGACAGAAUUAGGAGGUGGGUCCUGUCUCCCCUUAGCCCCCCCCAGCAGUGUUUCUUUCUUUCUCCAACGCCGCCUGUAGUAAUGUUGUGACACACCCACCUUCCUCUUCUGUCCUACAAUCCAGCGGGACCCGGCUAAGAGAGGGAAGGUGGUGCCACAGCAUUUACUUUUCAGGACAAAACACAACAGAAGGGGUAGUUGCUGCCACCACUCCCUUGUCCGGGGAUAGCCCAGAAGAUUAACCCAAGGGAGAAGGUUACUCUUCCUUGUUGCCAGCUGCCCCACCCUGCAUUGCUUUACCACAAAUUGCAGGCAGAAAUUCAACAGGUUCCAUAAAUUAAAGGCAGAAAUUCAACAGGUUCAGUAGGAGGCUAAGUGGUCAGACUUUGGAUUCAGACUUUCCCCAGAAAGGAAAAUCCGCCAUUUAAAAUUUAUUUAAAAAACAAGAUUAAACAUACUUAAAAGUAGGCACAUCUCUUAUAUGGUUCAGAAAGGAAAAUAACAACAUUGUAAAGCAUUGCUAGCUAAAUGUACCGUAUUUUUUGUCCUAUGGGGCGCACCGGCCCAUAGGACGCACCUUGGUUUUUUUUGGGGGGGGGGGGAAUGAAUAAAAAAAAUUAUUCCCCCCCCCCGCCGCGGCUGCCGCCCCAAGCCUUGCACACACCUGCCCGAAGCACGGGGCACCCUCCGGAGGGCUCCGCGUGUUUCGGGGUGCAUGCUGCCGCCCCAAGCCUCGCGCGCCCGGCGGGACUUCCUGCUGGGCGCGCAAGGCUUGUGGACACUCGCCCGAAGCACGGGGAGCCCUCCGGAGGAUGCCCCAUGCUUCGGGCAGGUGUGCGCAAGGCUUGGGGAGGAGAGAGGGACAGAGUGCCUGCUUCUUUAAAGGAGCCAACCGGACAGGAGCUGCUUACACUCGUGUAAGCGGCUCCCCUCCCCUCCCGCUUUGCUCCUUUAAAGAAGCAGGCACUCUGUCCCUCUCUCCUCCCCAUUCAGCGGCUCUUCUCCCGCUGGAAACCACGGAGGAGGGAAGCAUUCGCUCCGUAACACGCACAGACAUUUCCCCUUACUUUCUAGGAGGAAAAAAACACGUGUUAUGGAGCGAAAACUACGGUAUUCACACUCCCAGAGUCAGUUGGUUAAAGCAACAGAUAUACAUUUCCCAUAAAUCCUUUGGCCUUUGGUUUUCCCAUAGUGCUUUUCUUCAGCUUGACCAAAAUUUGUCUACUGAAAUUUCCUAACUUCACUACCUCUCUGCUUUGCCUUGCAGACCGCCACCACGGCACCCCCAUGCUGCUGGAAGGGGUGAAGUGUAUCGGGGCCGAGGUGGAGUACGACUCGGAGCAGAGUGAGUGGCAUGGCUUCGACUAGGCCUGCCCCCCAACCCACCGCCUCCUCUUCCUCCUCCUCUUCUUCGAACCCCGCUCGUCCUUCAAAGGGUUUUCUAUGUAUAAAUAUUUUCCGGUUAUAAAGAGCUUGAAACGAGAAUGCCCACCCCAACCGUUCGCUGGCUGCCUGACGCAGAUCGUGCUUGUUUCGUGCCCGCCCCCAUGGCGCUUGUCUUGUGGGUUUUUGGGGGUGCUGCGCUUAACCCCACCCCCCCCACCCUCCCGCCGGUUUCGAAAAGGCGGUUCUGUGGCUUAAGGCGAGAGCCGUCUCUCCGGCCUUCAAACUGCGUCUGUGGAUGUGUGGCUUUUUGUCCAAAAGUCCGUGCCCACCCCAAUUUUUGCAAGCGGGUGCACAUGCGCGGGGGACCCCCAGAGACCAGUUGUGUGUGUGUUGAUUUUCCUCCAGGUUUUAGCAUCGUCUCGCUGCCUGCAAAAGCGUUUCCCGCGGCCGCCCUUUCGCGAGGCUCAGUUUCCCAAGUUGCGCAGUGGCCGAUCGCAUCAGCUGUUCGGCUGAGACCAGUAGCCAUCUCAAAACAGCCAGCAAGUGGCUGCUCCCAAACAGCUGUUUCGGCUGGCUGCUCGGAGGAAGAGAAACCUAUGUUCCUCCAGGCAUUCAGAUAACUUAAGGUUUCCCUGCGUUGCUAUAGAUAGGUCAGGAUUAGUUAGAGAGCCUUUGCCAAGCCAGUGCCCUCUUGAUGUUUUAGGACCGCAACUCCCGGCUGAUGGGAGUUCUAGUCCAAAUCAUCUGGAGAGCGCCUGCUCUGUGAAGCUGACUUAGGGCUGCAUCAGUUGCUGGGGACCAAUUUUACACAGCCGCCCUGCCUUUGGGUUGGGUGCUCUUAUUUUCUUUCGCCUCCCACUUCCCCAUCCUCAGGGCAAACAAGCCUUCAAGGCGGUGCUUUCCUGGGAAGGUUCCCCCAGGCAGAUCAGCCUCUGGCAGAGCCAAACAAGGCAGCCCAUUAUUACGGUAUAGAUGGGGCAGCCCCCAAAGGAGGAAAAAGUUGCCCGGUUGCCCUGCAAGAGUGUGUCUCUUCCCCCUCAAAAAAACCUCCUGUUUCUGCUUUGCUGUAGCCUGGGAAGGUUUGUUCCUUCCCAAGGCUUGAACCCUCCGUUGCCUUUCCAGAGAUGCCCCGAGCGAAUCUCUUCUUCUUGCAAGCCAUACGGUGUCUUGAAACCCCCGCGUCACAGAAAACAUGUGUUUUGUUCUCUCUUCCUUCCUGCUGCGGUUUGUUUGCUUUUUAACGUCUUUUUCAUAUUCAAGAUUUGGACCCUCCGCUCCCGACACGAAAGGAAUGAGUUGCAUUUCCUAGUGAAAUCUACCCACGGCGUGGCUUAAGAGGGCAGGUUGAAGAGCUUUGACUUUUGGAUUUCGCCCCCCAACCCCAAAGCGGUCCCCUGCAACUGGAAAAGUAGCUCUUCAGGGAGCGAGGCUGCCACAGACUGAUGUGCUAGAUUUUUUACUUUCUUCUCCCUUCUCUUUUAAAUGUUAUUUUAAGUUUUCCACUACCUGCAGCAGAACCUCCUGUUUUUGAAAUAAAAAAAUCUGCUCCAGCAGUAGGAGGGAGGCAGUCUGAUGUGCUCCUGCCUCGGCAACCCCAUAACUAGACCACUGCCCUCUCAGGAGCAGCCCUUCUGGAGCAGCAGGGAGGUGAGGGCGCAGGAUGAGACCCAAGGCUCAUGGCUGACCCCUGUUUCAUCUGUCUGAGAUGGGCACCCCUCCAGUGUUGCUGAACUCCCAUUGUCCUUAACCAUUGGGCCACGCUGUCUCAGGCUGCUGAGAGCUGAAGCCCAUCAACAUCUGGAGAACUGCAGAUGUUCUGUUCACUUGUUGGAGCCUUGUCUUUAAACAUGGCGCUUCCUCUCCCAGAUGUGUUUUCUUAACCAUUCUCUUUUCUCUCUCACUUUUUUUUUCUUUUUUCAAAAAAGAUUCAUAGUACAAAGACCAGGAAUGUGAUAUAGUUAAGAAAGAAACCAAUGGGUUUUUUAUGUGCCUAUAUACAUAUACAUAUAUACAUAAAUAUAUAUAUAUAUUCAAAUAAACUUGUGUGUUUUUUGGGUUUUUUAAAAGCAAAAAAAUCUCUAAAGGAAAACAAUAAACUUCAGUUGGAACAAAAAAACCUCCUCUGCUGUCCUGUGUGGAAUGACUGAGGAUGUGGUUGGGGUUUUAAGUUUUCUCUUUUGCAAUGAGGUCUUUUGUCCUCUGCACCCGGCUACCCCCAGCCUGUGGCCUUCCAGGAGGACUACAACUCCCAUCAGGCUGUGCUCCCAUCAGUACCGCAAAGCGCCUGAAGGGGGCGCCCCAUUGGCAAAGUCUGAAUCUUGUGGGUGGGAGGCCAUAUGCUCUGCUGCCACCUACAGGCUGGAGCGCAGUCCAGCGUCUCUUCUGGAGCCUUGUCUAGGUCCCCAAACUGGGUGGCACUGCCCCCUGCAGGUGGGAGGGUGUGUGGUUUCCCCCUUGUUUUAAUCAUACAUUUUGCGUUUUAUAUUUUAUUUUUAUGUUGCGAGCCAUCCUGAGAUUUACAGAUGAAGGGCAGCGUACACAUUAAAUAAAUAAGGCGAGGGGGCAUGAUUAGCAGACCUUGAAAAGCCGGUAUCGCUGGGUCAUCUAUUACUCUUGGAUAUUUAUUUAUACCUUGCCUUCUUCCCUGAUGGGGCUCAAGACGGCUUACAGAUAAAAACCAAGAAUUGCUAAAACAUAGAAACAAACGAACACUGCAAAACAGCUUAUCCUUAGCAGAAUAAUUAAAACUAUACGCACAUCUAGUUUGCUGAAAUAAGCAAACUGGCUUCAAUUGGUCUUGGAAUAAAUGUUGCAAUU